CUUGCCCAGUUCCUCCGGCGCUCUCUGGGGCUGCCUCCACUCUCCACCCUCUUCCUUGCCCGGAUCGCUGCCUCCGGCUCCGCGCGCUUGGAGAACUUCGCCGCGCGCUCUUUCUCCUUCUGGCCUCCUUCCUUCCAUUUAUUUUUAUUAUUUUUUUGAAACCCACGCUCUUCACUUUCUCUUUCUUCUCCGGACCUUCCAGCUCGCCUUCCUUCUCGUUCUCGCUUUCCCCACGCGUCGCUCGUGCUUUGGUUUCUUUUUCUUUUUUGUUUCUUCCACCCUCUUCCUUUCCCGGCCACCCCGGAGCGCCAGCAGGUGCCACCGCCCCAUAAUACCCCUACCGCCCCCCCUCUUUCGCCCUGGCUGCCUGCUGGCUGCUCAAGAGGCAGGGAUGGGGGGCUGCCCAGGGGGUCUUCAGCCCCUGCCUCCCAACCUCGGCGGCCAAGCGCUCCUCCGUCCCUGGCAGCGCGCAAGAGAUGCAGAGCAAGGAAGACCCGGCGGAGACCACGGUGCUGCCCAUCCCUGGAGAGCCCGGCGACAACCUGCGGCGCCUCCGAGGCAGGAAAGUUUUGCUGGGGGAAGAGAAGAAGCUGGCGGGGUGGGCGCUGGGCAUAGCCCUGCUCGGCAUCUUCCUGAUGAUUUUGCACACCGAACUGGCUUGGUUUGGACGCUGUCAGGUAAGUCACCUUUACGCUCGACUCUUAACAGCCCUCAACAACCAAAUGUUCUCUGUGCGGAUGUUUUGGACUGAUGGGGAUUGUGGUCCAAAACAUCUGAAAGGCGCCAGGGUUAGCAAAGGUGUUUUAAUAGCAGGUGUUUGCCCCAGAUCCGUUUCCAUUUGGGGGACUUUUUAAAGUUUUCCCUCAUGCAGAGAAGAUACAGAAGGAGUGCAAUUUGGGGUUAGGAAGAAACUUCUCUUAAAAUCGGUCAGCUGGGGGAGAUCCAUGGUCUUUGCUCUCUCUAUAAAUCAGGGAUGGUGUCCGUGGUGUCCCAACAGAUGUUAUGGGACUCCAGUCAAGCAUGGCUAAUGGUCAGGGAGGGUGGGAACUCUCCAUCCCUGAUGAGACACCCAAUAGCCUGCUGCUGCUGCUUUUCCACCCGACAAAGAAUUCUGUGGAAUUCAAAAGCUGGCACGCACUCUCAUCAACCACAAGUCCCUCCGUUGACAUGCACAACCUAUAAUUGGAGAGUCGUUGUGGUGCACUGACUGCUUGGUCUUGGAUGGGCUGGGUGGGAAGAGUCUUUUUAAAAACACAACUCUGCAAUAAAGUUAACUGAGUGACUUUGGUCUUAAGUAGCCUGCGAAGGGAUUGAGUCCUUUGGGAGAAGGGCAAGAUUGAAAACGUGAUGUUUCCUUGUCCAUACCCCUUUGCAUCUGCACCAAACAUUCAAAAUAGGUAUCAAAAGGAAAUGGAGGCAAUUUGCCAUUUCCUAAACCAAAGUUUAGGACGUUGUGAGCUGGGAAUGCAUCCUUCUAUAUUUUCUUUUUCCGUUGCCCAGUGCAAUAUCGCAUUGCAACAAAACAAUAGCCUCAGAACAAUAAACAUGUGUGGCUUUCAAUCCUGACCCUGCCUGCUCCUCAAGAGCGCUCUGCCACCCCCCACCCCUGGUGAUAAAAGUGGGAGUUAAUUAACAUACAGGUGAAACUAGUCCUAUUAAAUUAACCUGCGGGACUCAUUGCCACUCAGUGUUGUGACGGCCACCAGCACACACGGUGGCUUCAAGAAUUGCUUCAGUUGAAAUCCUGCACACAUCUGUCCCCCUGAACUCCAGCUCCCAUCAUCUCUGACAACUGGCUGGGGUUUGUGUGAUGUAUGUUGUGGUCCAACAACACCUAGAAGCCCCCCAGGUUCUCUAUCCCCUUCCUUAAGACCUACUCAAAGUAGGUGCCUGCCUGAAUUCUGCCUCGGAGGUGGCUGUACCACAAGGGAAGGUGAGGCAGCGGCCUCUGGUGGUUGAGGGAGCGGAAAGCAGGUGGACUCAAUCUGCAGGGCAUCAUUCACAGAGAAGUUUUUUUAAAAAACACCUCGAUUUCUUAGAAGUCUUUUUGCAGGAGCCCCGUUGAAGUGAAUGAGAACUGAGGGGCAGAGUAGAGAUGAUGCGGGGAAUUUAUUAACAGCAUCUUGAUUAUUAUUAUUUUUUAAAAUGCUAAUAACAGCUAAAGGUAUUAAUCAGGAGUGUGUGUGUGUGUGUGUGUGUGUGUGUGCUUAACCCUUUCAUUCCAUGCCAGUUUCCCAAUUAAAUCAACCUUCCAGCUGCCAUUUAGCCCAGUUGUUUUGCUAGUACCACUGUGCUUCCUCCCAUGGGGCAAGUAGAAGAUUGGUGCAGAAUUUAACCAGAAAAAUAGUGAAAUCGCCCAUCUCUCAGUCGUCCCCCUCAUAAGUCCUGCAGCUUUUCUUAACAUUUGCAAGAGAGAGAGAGAGAGAGAGAGAGAGAGAGAUCCUGUUUAGGGAUUUCCUGCAUCACUUCUGUAUUGGUCCUGGAAUGAACAGCCGCUCAUUCCGAUGCAGCUCAUGCAAAAGAACAUCCCAGCAGCUUCCUUCCUUCUCCUGUUUAAUUUGUGUGUCUCAGGCGGGAAGGGAUUGCACUUGGACUUUCCUGCCUCAAAAGCACAAGUGGGUUCCCGUUUGUGGCUAACCUGUGAUAUCUGAUGCUAUGCACUCGAUAUGUGAGGACACUUCUGAGUCCUCCAAACUGUGGCUAUUUUGGGGAUGGGGUUCUAUGGGUGUGACUUACAGCAGGCUGUGUGUUACAGCCACGGAAAAGCCAGAGGUUUCUGAGCACCCAAAACACACCUCUUCACUCCUACGAGCAAGAGUCAUUGUCCCAGUUUGAGGAUGCAUUCCAUCCAAGCGAAAGAGCACAGAACAGGCCCAGCGUGGACAAUGGCUUGGAGAGGUGGGCUGUCCAGAGGGCAGAAUCCUGAGGGCCAGAUUGAUAAGCUUGGAGUGCCACCUUUGACUUCACAGGAGGAGGUGAACUGGAGGUUCUCCACCCCAGAAGCAGAAAGAAAAAACACCCUUGGGAAAAGAAGACCCUCCAUAUUCACUGAUUUGCGUACCUCUGUGUUGGAGGAGGAAAGAGUCCACUGUUUGUGUCCCCAGAAAAGUCCAUGUGUGUCUGCAGUAACAUUUUUUCAAAAAAGACUCCUCUACAUCUUACCAGAAGACAAAACAGUGAUGGUGCUUUCAACAGGGAGAUGUAGUGAAAGGGUGAGCCAGCGUGGUGUAGUGGUUAGAGUGUUGAACUAGGACCUGGGAGACCACUGUUCAAAUCACAGAAUCAUAGGGUUGGAAGGGAUCAUGAGGGACAUCUAGUCCAACCCCCUGCAAUGCAGGAAUCUUUUGCCCCAUGUGAGUCUCGAACCCAUAACCCUGAGGUCAAGAGCCUCAUGCUCCACUGACUGAGCUAUCCCAGUGAUGCCCACCGGAUGACCUUGGGCCAGUCCCAGCCUCUCAGGCUAACCUACCUCACAUUGUUGCGAGGAUAGAAUGGGGAGCAAGAGAACCUUGAGCAACUUGGAAUUCUAAAUAAAAAUGGGGACUUUUUAUUUAUUUUAUUUAUUUUCACAUUUAUAUCCCACCUUUUCUCCAAGGAGCUCAAGUUGGUGUUGACACUUGUCCCCCUCCCCACAACAACCCUGUGAGGUAGUUACAGGUCGGUAGCCGUGUUGGUCUGCCGUAGUCGAAACAAAAUAAAGAAAUUCCUUCCAGUAGCACCUUAGAGACCAACUAAGUUUGUUACUGGUAUGAGCUUUCGUGUGCAUGCACACUUCUUCAGAUACGAAAGCUAAUACCAGUAACAAACUUAGUUGGUCUCCUGUGAGGUAGGUUAGGCUGAGAGGCAGUGACUGGCCCCAAGGUCACCCAGUGGGAUUCCUGGCUGAGUGGGGAUUUGAACCCUGGUCUCCCAGAUCCUAGAUCUGACACUCAUCACUACACCACAUUGGCUCAGACUGGCUACACCACAACCAAGAGAACAGAGUUUCUCCUUGGGUAAGUUGUGCUGGUGGAUCUAGGUGUGGAGCUUGCAAACUGUCCUCAUCACACUGCGUAGCACAGCUCUCUGGUCUGAGUCAUCUUGGCUCUGACUACAUCAAGCACUUCCCUUGCCCUGCAGGCAGCUCUUAACUGUAGAUUUCCCCCCCUUGAUAACAAAAGGGCUGUAAGCCUUCUUCACAAGUGAGGCUUACGCUGGUGUUUGUAUUACCCCACAUUUGUAAUGCAAAUGAAAAGUCUACAUGGCUAGAGCCGCCUCAUCUGCUUGUCUGCUUCAGGAAGCCAAAGGCAGCCAGACAGCGAUGGCUGAUGAUAAUAGGCCGCUGACUUUAAGCGCUCAGUUAAUGCAGUUUAGGAAGUUCUGUGCAUGGUGGAAAACAAGACUUCUGAAAUAAGAGAUUGUGAAACUGGAAGAAAAUGAUGUGGUGUCUUUGCAGGACAUUAAGGUCAAGGUCAAGGGACCCCUGACCGUUACGGUAGGUCCAGUUGUGGACAACUCUGGGGUUGCGGCGCUCAUCUCGCUUUACUGGCCAAGGGAGCAGGUGUACAGCUUCCAGGUCAUGUGGCCAGCAUGACUAAGCCGCUUUUGGAGAACCAGAGCAGUGCACGGAAACGCUGUUUACCUUCCCGCCGGAGUGGUACCUAUUUAUCUACUUGCACUUUUCGGUGUGCUUUCGAACUGCUAGGUUGGCAGCAGCAGGGACUGAGCAAUGGGAGCUCACCCCGUCGUGGGGAUUCGAACUGCCGACCUUCUGAUCGGCAAGCCCUAGGCUCUGUGGUUUAGACCACAGCGCCACCCCUGCCCCAUUUGCAGGGCACUCAUUUGCAGCGAGAUGAGCGCCGCAACCCCAGAGUCGUCCGUGACACACUGCAUCGUUUUCUUCCAGUUUCACAAUCUCUUUCUUAUUUCAGAAGUCUUGUUUUCCAGCAUGCACAGAACUUCCUAAACUGCAUUAACUGAGCGCUUAAAGCAAUGCUUUUACUGGAAUAUUCUAACAUGGUGCUUGCCAGCUGAUUUGGAGAUGAGAGCUGUGGUCCAAGACAGCUGGGGGUAUCAAGGUUGCCAAAGGCCGGAAUAAUGUUGUUGUUGGCAUCAUGGGCGUAGCCAGGGGGGCGGGGGGUGGACAGCUGUCCCCCCAAUCAAUAAAAAUCAGUACAAAUCUGAGGUUCUCCCCACCCCAAAACAAAAGCCUGCUCCCCUAACAAAAAUCCUGGCUAUGUCCAUGGUUGGCAACCAUCUUUCUCAAAAGUGUGUCUCUGGGGGGUGAAGUCAAACUGCUGCGACCCUUCCCACAAAACCAGCAGCCAAACAUAGAAGCUAAUCUCCUCUUAAGGUGCAUGGGAAGCUAUGUUGCAGCAAGUCAGACCACUGGUAUGUCGAGCUCAGUAUUAUCUACACCUCUUCAGGACUUGGGACAGGAACCUCCCCUGCCCUGCCUGGAGAUUUCAUGGCCCUUCUACAUGCCAAGCAUGCUGUGCCACUCUACCUAUGGCCUUCCAGCUGUUGACAAGCUCCCACUCUUACUCCACUCCCCAGGCAGUGCAGCCAAUGGUCAGGGAUGAUGGGAGUUGUCGGGGGUUACAGGUGCCCCAUCCCUGCAUUAAAGCUUAGAUGUACUGAGCUGCUCCAGCAGAGCAACUGGGAGGCUGAGUUUCAAAUAGGAGUACAGGAAGAAUCCUAUGGGAUCAGGCCAAUGGCUCACCUAGUCCAGCAUCCUAUUCCCACAAAAAGCCACAAGCCAGAGCACACACACCUUUCCCACCUGUGACUCCCGGAGACAGGCAUUCAGAGGGCAUCCUCCGCUCAACUCUCAAAGCCAAAACAAAUGGGAGGAACAGAAACCAAAAAGAAUAUGAAAAGGUUCUCAAAAGCACUUACAAUUAAAAGUUUAUCAUAGCUCAGCAUAUUUCAGAACCAAAGGUCCUUCAACUGGAGACUUUCCGAAGCAGUUUGCACAAAUGCUGCUGACUGUCUGGCGCCAUGGGGAAAAACAGGGAACAAGUGGGGUUUGGGUUUCUGUGGUUUUGCAUCUGUCUUUUCAGAGUUCCUUUUUGCACAACCUGUUUAGAUGGGCCUAGACCAGCCAUGCUCUCCCAGUCUUAAUCCCACCCCCUUUUGUGUUACUAUAGGGCAGGGCUUCCCAAACUGUCCACAAACUUCAUUUUGGUGGUCCAGGGCAAGGCUGUAAAGAAGAACAUUUACCCUUUGAAGUCUGCAGAAUUCUGCAGAAUUCGAACUGGAAUGCAAUGAAGUGCAAUAUAAGAAAGGAAGGGACCAAUCAAAAUGCAAUUAAAAGUCAUUAUGAGUGCUACAGCAGGCACACAAAAAUCACCAAGAGCCAGUGCAGUGUAGUGGUUAGAGUGUCAGACUAUGGCCUGGGAGACCAAGGUUCAAAUCCCCUGCUUCUAUGCUUCGAACACAGCAAAAACAAUGCAGGAGGCAGCAGCUACAAGUUACCGGUCUCUGCAGCCACGGCAGGCGCUGUGAUUCACCAAAGGUUUGACUUCACCCCUGGAGUGCACUCCAUUGUCUUUCGAGACAGAUGGGUGUCAACAGCAAUUCAAAGCACAUUCAAUACAACUUAAAGCACACAACUUCUCCCAAGGAAUUUGGGGGACUCUAGUUCCCCCCUCAUAUAGCUCCAAUGCCCAGCACCCACAACAAACCACAGUUCCUGUGAUUCUUGGGGGAAGCUAUGUGUUUUAAACAAGCGUUGAAUGUGCUUUAAUUGUAUGGUGCAGAUCAUUGCUAAGCAUGCCAAGCUCUGCCGAUCUCCCACUCCGUAAAAAUGUCUCCCGUACCUUAUCCCAGAGAAGCAGGAAACAGAAAGUCCUUGCUCUGGCUUGUCUCCUCCACCCCCUCCCUUGAGAUUUAUUGCAUUUUGCUGCUGCUGCAAUUAGAGACCUGCAGGGUGGAAGGACGUCGGGGACAUCAAGACCACGGGAAAGGGAAGGGAAUGUGCUUAUUCAGGGGUGGGGUGCAGGACUGAAUGGACAAGUCCCAGCAUAGCGGGGCAACUGCAUGCUGAAGUGAAAGAUUUGUAUCGGUUGCAUAACACAAAAGGUGCUGAGGUUAAACCCGCAAUUGAUUGUGUGUGUGUGUGUGUGUGUGUGUGUGUGUGUGUGUUUGUUUGUAAGCUAGCCUAAGUGAUCCAUAAGUUAAAGUAGCUGAGGCAGAUUGCUUAUCUGACCCUUCUGAGUCAUCAGCAGUUGGAUUGUCCGUAAACAUUCUGUGACAUCACCAGUCGCUAGCAUUCCAUAACUGGUCCUUUCUCCUCAGCUGUUAGAAUGCCCGUAAACAUUCUGUGACAUCACCAAAGCUGAGGCAGUGACAGGGUUUGGAGGUGGCUGGGCAGUAGCCUGCAUCUAUAAAGUGCUUCUUAAACCUCUAAAGUGUUUGAAGGAGACUUCCUGUGGAGCAGUCAUUCCCAGAGUGUAAGGUGGGUCUUUGUAGGGUGAUUAGCUACUUCCUCCUUGAUCCCCUUCCAGAAUGUGCCAGGAAUUCAAUUGCUGAGCUUUCCUUUGUAAAUGCCAAACAGUGUUGCCAUCUUUUGCAGGGUGUGUGUGUGUGUGUGUGUGUGUGUGCACGCCUGCCGGCCUGAGAGGGUUGCAUUGGUAAGAGAGUUAUGACAAGCAGAAAUUCAACUGGAGCAGUGUGACCUGGAGAUGUGGUGACUGGGGAAAAGACCUGCUGAAUUUCUGCCUCUUGUGCAAAUGUUUUUUUUUAAAGUACAGCAGUUCAGACUAGAGAGGGGGAGGAAGUAGCAACACUAGUGAGAACAAUAAAUUGAGGGCAUGACCUGCUUUUUCCAAAGUUAUUUUUUUACCUCAAUUUGUGUGGUGGUGGGGAGAAUAUUAAUUUCAUCUACUUACCUACUACUAGGUUGAGGGCAGGAGACCAUGUGAAUCAUUGUGGGGGGAAUAAAAAAGCAGGUGUUGUAUCUUAUAAGGAAUGAAGAACCAAACCCUUAACAUGCAAGGAAGAACUGACAGGUCAGGGGGUGCUGAGUUAUUCCCCGCUACCCUGAUUCUCCCCUGGAAAUCAGCCCUGCAACCACUUAAAAUCCACCUGCUGAACUGAGCUCCAAAAGGAGUGUGAGCUCAGUGGGGAGUGGGAUGUGUUAAGCACCUCUCCCUCAUCAAAUGAUGGCAUUACUGCAAUGGGCAAGCCAAAAUAAGUUGCUGGGGUCAACAGCAAUUCAUGGUAAUGAUUCACAACUGUGUGGUUCUGCAAAAUCUGCAAGAUACCUUAGUAUACGUUUAGAGGUAGACCUAUAUCCCAGUUGUUUAACGAUAGCAGCAACAAAAAGACCCCACCCUCCUGGCAGAUUAACUGGGAGUAGCUUUUUGCGAGUUUCGUUCAGUCUUUUGUACUCAAAACGAAUUCCUGAGUUCAUAUUUAUUUCUGCAAGUAAGUCUGUCAUACCAGACUCUGGUUGGUGGAUCUCAGCAGCGGCAGGCCUUGGGACCUCAAAUUUAAGUGGUAUGCUAAGUAACACCAAAAUUCAGCGCCCCCUGCCUCUUGCACUCCAUUCCAAAUAAUAGUUGUGGCACCCCCAAGGCUGCGCAUCCAGGGCAACCAAACUGGUUGCUCUCCCCUAAAUCUGCUUCUGAUCUCAGGGUUUUGGCAAAACUCCUUCACAAAAUCAUUGCCGCAAGUUUGAAGCUUGUCCACCCCCCGCCCCGCAGCUCUGUAGCACAGAUCCUAUUGUGACAUUUGUGGGGCAAUGGCGGAACCCCACAGUCUGUCAUGUAUGCGGAAUAUACAGGAAGGACCCUACUAAUCAGUGUGGACAAUACUGAGCCAGAUGGACCAAUAGCUUGCCUUCAUAUAAGGCCGCUUUUCUGAUGAAUGGCUUGCUGAGAAGGACUGGGGUUCUGCAGAACAGGAUUCUAUAAAGAGAGUGUGGGAAAGAGCUUGUUGACCUUGAGAAGUCCAGCUUUGUUAAAAAAAAUAAAAAAUAAGUAUGGCAAUCACUCCAAAAGUUCUGGCUUCUACGCAAAGAGGUCUGGCAAAUUGCCCAGAGGUCAAAAACCUGCUUGGGCUGCUUUGCUUUGUUUUCGAGUCAAUGAAGCAAGAAGACCUCUAGACCUACCUUAUAGGGCUGAUGUGAAAACUUAUGAGUGAGUGUUCUAAAAUUGCCUGGUUUUCAAUUUUUUAAAAACAUUGUUAUUAGGUCUCAAUCAGAAAGAGAGACGGAUGUGUAGCUGCUGUUGCCAUGCUAAACUUGGACGCUGCAUGUCCUGAGCUGCGUGCCCAGUGCUGUUCAGAUCCAAAAAGUGAUGCUGUGCCUUUCCUGGGAUAGAUUUCACAUUGCAGAUUAGAUACAACAGGAGCAGAGCAUAUGCUAUCUUUGUGUUGGGUUUAUAGCUUCUCUUCCCCCAAUUUUGAUGGGAAACCUUGCACAGACCCGGAGAGGACUGAGGAAGCAUCUUGUGCCCACACUUCCUUGUGUUUGGGACAGCGUGUGACAGAAAGCUGCCCUUUGUUUCAGAGUCUGAGGAUGACCGCACAAGUGCACAAGCCCCGGACCCAGGAGUCCUGGCAUGCAGCCCCCCUGCCCUCUACCUCCCCACCCGCUGGGAAGGGGAAAUAUUUUCCCUUGCUACAGCUUGAGGUCUCUUUGCUUUUGCCCUGCUAUGUGACGGCAGCUCCGCCUCCCAAGGGCACAGAGAUCUGGAGCAAGUUUCCCCUGGAAGAUGAAGAGCCUUUCCUGAACCUCCGUCUGCAAACAGACCUCGGAUCCGUUCUAGGUCCCCUCUGUGACCGCUCCCUGCUUGGGAACACGUCGGAGAAGCUGGCUGGAAGAAACAAGGAGGGAAACGCAGGCAAAGGGCUCUGUCUGGGCUGCAGAGGAGAGGGGGCUGAUUUUUAUUUUUUUGGAGGCAGGGGAAAUGUUUCAGUAAAUGUGCUCCAAUUUAAAUAUUGCACUCUGAUUCAAAAAGGAGUACCAUGAUUAGAGCUGCCUUCUGUGGGCUAUAGUGACCUCCCCGUUGCCCUCGUCACUCGCUGGUACCGAGACUGAAAAUAAAUCCGAUUCCUGCCAGCUCAGGCAUUUUAAUAUUUGGGCUCCUUCAGAGCCUGUUCUUAAACAUCAGGUGAAAAGAAAUGCCCGUUGGCGUCUUUCAGAGGCAGGACCAUGCAGCCAAAUGUGACCCACCAGCCAUGUAUGGAAGCAGCUGGUGCUUGACUCCUUCCCCAUUUUUGCAGUGACAGGCAAGCCAGGGGAUCGUUCUUCAAUCUCAUAAAUGCUACCUUUACAUGUCUGGUAGCCUGUGUUCAGCUUGCUGGGUCAAAAUUUGCUGACCCAUCAGGAUUAAGCAGAUUUCAGUCUUACUUCUGCUCUGUUUUUAAAGCCUUACUAUAACAGAUUAGCAAGUGAUCCGCCUUGAACUAUUUGGCCAGGAACACCAGUUUCCACUUAAAAAAAACCCUUGAAUCUUGCAGAGUUCUUGAUUAACUUGAUUAACAGCUGAGCUCUUGCAAACAGCUCUGGGUUUUGCUCCAGUAGGUCAGUUCUUGCAUAGUUUACAACCCAGGUCUUGCAAGGAACUUUGCUUUGACCUCCCUGCUUGACUCAAACCAUGCUUCUGACUGGAGGUUUGUAAUCAGGUGGCAUCCUCAGAGGCUUGAGUUCAAGUCUUCACUCAGCUACAGGAGCUGGGAGGAAGGCCCAUGGCUGGAUUGCAGUUGCUUCCCAGCUGAUUGACAUGUGGUGGUAGGAUUCCGGACUGUACCACUUUAGGGGUGUGAGCAUGGUUUUCCAUGUCCCCUCACAAAGUAAUAAAUUAGUAAAAUGGGGAAAAACUUUAACACAGCCUUCUCCCUGGUGUUCUAGUUUUCUGCAUGCAAGGAGUUCUAUUUCUGUUGUUGUUGAAUGCUGGAAUAUCUACAAGUGUGACCCAAACACACCUGCAGUCUGAAGUGGUACAAUCCGGAAUCCUGCCCCCUAGUUCUCUUUAAUGUGUUGCAAGGGUGGGAGUUUUCCACUUAACAGAACAAAGGUGGGUGCUUAUUUUUCCAACAUAAAUAGAUUUUUUAAAAAAAUUGUUUUGCAAACUGGGAUCUGAAUGGACAUGUAGAGGAGCCAAGCAGAGGCAUGUAGCUCUGGGAUUUACUGAGCAACUUGUCCGUACCUUCACAGAGUUGACCUUUCUUAUCUAGUAAGAAAGGUAAUUCUGGCUUAGGCAAAGGAGCAAAAAAACGUUUUCAUAGCACUUUAGUGGAAAUGGGCUGGAACGAAAUCAAAGCAGGAGGCGAAAGAUAAAAUCGGGAAAGGGACUAAUGUUGACUCUUUGGCAUGUGGAGCAGUGCAACAGGCAGGUGCUGAGGGGUGUUUUCCCCCAUCGGCACCCAAGGGUGACCGUAGGAAAUAAGUUUUUGGGAACAGGCAGAGAAAAGGCAACGUCACAAGAUGAGGGGGCUGGGAAAGGAGAGCAUCAAGGAGAGGAACAAAGACCAUAAAAGGUGGCAAGAGUAAUGUUUGGUUCACCCGCAGCUAUUGCAGAGCCACUGGCAUUUCCAAAGAGAAAAACAAGGAGGCGUGAGAAUUUGGAACAUCUGACCCAUCACAGAUGUGAACCUGUGAUGGUGGACUCUGGUCCUAUCAGCCCCAGCCAACAUGGGAAAUGGUCAGGAGUGAUGGGGUUGUAGACCAGCAACAUAUCAAGUGACACACACACACACCCUCGAUUUAGUUUCACACUCAUAAUCACUGCCGGAGCCCCUUCCUGUCUGCACACACUCCACCAAAUUGUGGUAAUUUGUGUAAACUUUCUCGUGUCAGCUUCUGAUGAAGGGUGUGUGAGUCGACUGGCGAUAACCAUUUCCGAAUAAUGUUUAACAAAACGUUUUCAUCUUACAGUGGAUUUUAUUGUAAUCGUCGAAAUAACAAGGGCAGCUCAAAUGCAUUCAGGCUAGGCACAAGUUACUGUUUACUCUGGCCCCAGUGCCCUCCCGCUGUUGGGGUUUGAAGCUAAGUACACAUGAAGUUUGUCAUGAUCCGUAUGUAUCCUGUAGCUUCUUGAGAAACGGUGCGGGUGGGGGCGGGGAGGGAAACAAAUCAGGUCAUGUGCAACAGGUGAAGACAGGAACACAAGGAUGUGACUUGAGAUGCAGAGGUGCACAGACAGGACCUCACUGAGUCGCCUCAGUGACAUUUAGGCGCACAGAGCAGGAAGUGGCGCUCUGGGAUUUUUGCACAUGCUCUAGAGUCAGGACAGGUGGUCCUGCAACAAAAUGUUGCAGUAUGGAUUGCUACAGCUUAGGAUGCCUGCUGCUCAUAGGAUGAAGGAAAUCAGAGUAGACCUAAUUUUUCAACCAGUGCAUGCACUUCAGAUUACUGGAGCGGGGCUAAGUACACAACAUACAUUUAAAGCACAUCCCCCCCCCCUCCUGGGAAGACUCCUGGGAACUGUAGUUUGUUUGUUAUAGGUGCUGGGAAUUGCAGCUCUGGGAGGGGUAAACUACAGUUUCUGAGAUUCUUUGGCAGGUGCAUGUGCUUUAAAGGUGUGUUUUGUACACAGUCCCAGUUAACCGUCUUGAAAGAAGAUAAAAGAAUUGCCUUGCAGGACCAGCACAAAGGUCCGUCUCACCCUCAGCCUUUGGACGUUCGCAGGCCGAAUAUUAGGCAACAUCCCCUUCCCCUGUUUAUUUCACGACUGGUAAGAAUGGAACCUGCGACAAAGUGCUGCAGCAUGGAAUGCUUAUGUUCAGGAUUCUAGCCAGUCAGCCAUACUGUUUAUCAGGAUAUUAUUCUGUUGGAAGCUUCCCAGAGUGACUGGGGCAAACCAGUCAGAUGGGUAGGGCACAAACAAAUUAUUAUUAUUAUUAUUCUCACUGAUACAGUGGUACCGCCGGUUACGAACUUAAUUCGUUCCGGAGGUCCAUUCUUUACCCGAAACCAUUCUUAACAUGAGGUGCACUUUCACUAAUGGCACCUCCUGCUCCUGCCGCACCGCCAGCAUGCAGCUUCCACUAGCAUCCCGGGGCAAAGUUUGCAACCAGAGCAUCUGCUUCUGGGUUAGCAGGGCUUGUAACCUGAAGCAUUCGUAAGGAGGACAGUAUGUAACACAGGGUUCCACUGUAUUUGCUUUUUUUAUAAGCAGAGUUUUUUGUGCAUGGGGUGGGGGGGGCAAAAAACCCAAAAGUAAUGCGAAAGGGGGGGGGAACUAGUUUUGGAAAAGUUCCCUGGGAAAAGAGAUUGAAACUUCUCUUUGAAUUGUAGCUCUGGGCAGGGAACAGGGGUCUCCUAACAACUCUUAAACUACAUUUCCUAGGGUCCUUUGGGGGAAGCCGUGAGUGUUUAAAGUGGUAUCAUAGGGCUUUAAAUGUAUGGUAUGGCCUAGAUCUGGUCUUUACUGAGCAUAUGUUCUGAUUUGUUUGUGGGACAAACAAUGAGCAUUCAUCCUGAUUGGCUUUGUGGGGUGUUUAUACAUCUUCGCUGGUUCACCCCACACUUUUCAGUGCAUUUUCCUGGGCACUUCCAGCCUGUUUUUGUUUUUGGAUGGGCCACCCAGUCACGUUCUGGGAAAUUAAGCUUGCACAAUUAUAGCUGGUCAGGAGUUCUUGCACAACAGACCUGCUUCUCCUAAAGAUGGGUUAUUUCUUGAUAAAGAACUCAUUUACACUUUUGCUUGACCUGUAUUUUGAUCUUAUUGUGCACUAAUUAAUUCCCCCCUGAUCCAACGGAUGUUUGUUUGUUUGUUUGUUUGUUUAGCGGCCGUGCCUUGUGAAAAUCUAAUCUUACCCGUUGAAUCAAGGCUCAGUUAAGCAAAAUCUCUCUUGGGUUUUUCCGCACAUCGGAUAAGAUCCAUUUCAGCAGCUAAGGUUGGGUAAGAAUCCAGGGAGCUGUGGUUUAUCCACAGUGCUGGGAAUUGUAGUUCUGUGGGAUAAACUACACUCUGUGAGGAGGGGAAUGUGCUUUAAAUGUAUGGUGCGUAUCCAGUCCCCACUAGCCUGAAAGGUUAGAAUUGCCUCGUUGGAUCAGCACAAAGAUAAUAGAAGUCCACCCACUGAUCAUAGAACUGUAGAGAUGUAGCCCAACACUUCGUCUCCCAUCCAAUUUGAAACUAUACAAGACCCUGCUUAGCUUUGUAAAUGUGCUAGCAGUUUUUAGCGCUGCACCACAAGGAGGACUAAGAUCUGUCUGGCCUUUGGAGGAUUUACAAGCAAGAGGCACACAGAGGAAUAAGCAGCACACUGGCCUUUUGAGUUUCUUGCGUUUGUGCAUUUUUCAAGGCUACCUGCAACAGUAUGUUGCAGCGUGGAGAGCUUGCAGCUUCAGAUUCCAGCCAGCCGGUAGCACGUAGGACAAAAGAAAUUGGUAAGAAGAGCUUGCUGGAUUAGGUAAGUGACCCAUCUAAUUCUGCACCCUGCACUGUCCUGAAUCUUCCAACAGAUUAAAUAAACACACAAACUUCAGAUUACUUGACUUGGGCAGCAUACUCACCAUACAUUUAAGGCAACCCCACCUGGGAACUGUAGUUCCUUUAAGGGGCUGGGAACUGUAGCUCCGUGAGGUAAAUUACCACUCCCAGGAUUCUGGGGGAAAUGGGCUAUAAAGUUGUGCUGUGUACGCAGGCCCAGUUCAGAGGAAGGUUCACCACCUCAGUGAGAAAACAAGGCUGCGUCUUCUUGGCUUUUCUCUUUUCCCUUCUUUAUUUCCUUAUCCUACCAUUCCUGGCACGGGCAAGCCCCUUCUCCCGGCUCAUGGAGCAAGCCCAACUUCCUUCUCUUGUCCGAUUGUUCAGGACACAAUUGCUCCCUUCACGGCAGGGGCUGUGGAGCUGGAGGGGGUGGGGAGGCAGCGUUGGGACCGGUGACAGGAUAAAUAUUAAUCCGGAUGGGCCAGGUGACAUGUGUUCUCACGGAGAAGCCGCCACCAGCAGUGGGAACUGCCCAGGGCAAGGGCGCAGAGGAGCCAAGAGCUCCAGGAGUUCCUUCCCAGCGCUGGGAGGAGAGUAAGGGAUAGUGGUUAGGGAUGGCAGGACUGCAGACGUCACAAAAGGGGAGAAAACACACACACAUACGCAAAACCUUGCAAGUGCAAUGACUGGAAUUCAAUGGAAAGGAGAGCCAAGUUGUAAAUGUUAAGCUUUUAAUCCAAACUCUGAAGGGAUUUGAGGCCUAGUGGGUGCUGCCAAGCCGCAAAAGUUGUUAUUUCCGCUCCUGGUCCCUUUAUUCCACCUCACCCUCGAGCUGUGGCAAGUUAAUUUAAUUUGCCAUCUUUACGGCGCGCGACUCUGUGCCCUUAAUGGAGCAGUAGCUGAUGUAUUUGCUCUGCAGAGGUAGCGGACUGCAAUUCCUAGGAUCCAGUGCCAUUGGCCAUGCAAACUGGGGCUGAUGGGAGUUGUAGUUUAUUUGUUUGUUUGUUCAUUUCUCACCCGCUUUCCCCCUUAAGUUCCUAGGGCAGGUUGCAACAUUAAAAGACAAUAUUCAAAACAGUUUAAAACAACUCACAAAAAAUAAAAAAAUUACACACCUGGCAGGCACCACGAUGGCUUCCCCUUGCCCUGAUAGUAGUUGAGGGCUGCUAGCUUGAAUGAAAAGAGGACUGGAAAAAAUUGUGGAGGCUAUCUAUGGUUCCUUUCUGAGCAAAGAUGUACCUGUUGCAUUUCUGCUCAGCAUGGGGUUGUUUAUCUGUCCACAAAACAGGUGGAUGCCUUCUUGCUUCUCCAAGGAUACUGGGGCAGAGACUUUGGUCCAGCAUGCCUGAGGGAUGCUCAGACCUCACCCUGGACCGGCUGUUACCCCUACUAGUGAAGCAGCUCCUGCUGCAGAAUUUGCAUUGCAGGGAUGAAAAGCUGGUGUUGAUCUGUAACAUUUCCCCCCCCCACCACCUGAAAAGUGAAGCACCAUAUUUUUCGCUCUAUAAGACGCACCAGACCAUAAGACGCACCUAGUUUUUGGAGGAGGGAAACAAGAAAAAAAAAUUCUGAAUUUCAGAAACCAGAACAAGAGGGAUCGCUACGCAGCGAAAGCAGCGAUCCCUCUUGCUGUUCUGGCUUCUGGCAUAGCUGCGCAGCCUCCACUCGCCCCAUAAGAUGCAGACACAUUUCCCCUUACUUUUUAGAAGGGAAAAAGUGAGUCUUAUAGAGCAAAAAAUACGGUAAAUUAGCUUCCAUGCCCUGGAGCGAAAUGCGGAAGUGUUGAAAAGGGGUUAUUUUUGGUGCAAGGGCCUCCACUCCCCCAUCGGCCAAUGGCUUCACAGAAACAAUCCAAAGAAGGAACCCAGUAGGGCUACAUGCCCUCACGGGUGACUUUCCAGGGGCCGCCUGCCAAAUGGAGGGCGGGGCUGGAGACAAAACAGGUGGAUCACAAGCUUGACUUACCUUUGCACAGUAAAAGUUGCAGAUUUCUGCAUGCAACCCCAACCCCUACCUCUCUCUAACCUCCAUUCGAGCAACAAGAGGAAUUAUCAUAGUUCAAAGACACAUUCCAGUCAGGCAAAGGCACUUGAGGAGGAAGCAGAGCAGGGCUGUCCAAGGGCAAUGCUGGGAAGACCCCUGGAGUAAAUAAAGGUUACAUUCACGCCCAAAGAAUCCUGGGAAAUGUAGUUUGCUAAAGGUGCUGAGUAUUGUUGGGAGAAACCCCCAGUUCCCCUCGAAGAAUUAUGAUUUUCGGAGCGCUUUAACAACCAAUGCUUUUUCACAGGGGACUCUGGGAAUCGUAGCACCUCCCAGAACCCAUAUCGAACUACAGCUCCCAGAAUUCUUUAGGGGAAGCCGUGAUUGUUUAAAGUGGUAUUGUAGUUCUUUAAAUAUAUGGUGUGAAUGUGGCCAAAGUCAGGAUAUUUUUUGGCUUUAAAAAGAGACUCAUGAUGAGGAGGCAGCAUGGGUUACUCAACUCUCUCCUCUGCCCCCUCCUGUGCCUCUAUCUGUCUGUCUUGGCUGUCCUUUGAGGCCUGCCUUGCUUAUAUAUCUUGUGAGUGCCUCCCCUCUCAGUCACCUUCCCUAUUGUAAUAAUAUUUGCCCAGGGUGUCUCCUGUACUGCCUUGGCAGUCCUUUAGUGGCCAGAAGUGCUUCCCCCCCCCCCCAACCUUUUUGCCUUUCUGGAGCCCAGCUCUGGAAACGCCACCAAGGCAAAUGUUUCCCCCCAGGACAAAGACCCCUUACCGUUCCAAGCUUUUAUCACUUUCGAGGGAAAGACUGGGGUGCAGGGCUGGAAUGUUUUAAUCUGGAGUGUUGCUAGGUUCUAAAAGAACUCAGCUGGACACAGGCUGACAACACGAAACUGGAACUUAAGAGCACCCCAAAGUAUAGGGGUCCUGGAGGAGAACGUAAGAAAACACAAACACGCAAAAAUCCUUGCAGUGGCCCACCUAGUUCACCAUCCUGUUCUCACAGAGGCCAGUCAGAUUCCAGAUUCAAGCAGGACCCAAGUGCCACAGUAUUCUGUCCUCCUGCGGUUUCCAGCAAGUAGCAUUCAGAAGCAUUACUUCCUCCAGUCAUAACCUUCAGGGCUGCUAAGCCACAGACCCGCUUUUUAGAAGUACAACUUUAGACAGCUGUGCUUCCUUACAUCUUACAUUCCAGAGCAUGUGGAACUCCCUGCCACUGUAACUCAAGAGUUCCUCAAGGCGACCCUUUUCUGCUGCCGCAUGUUUCAUUUUCACUUGACUGAUGGUUUGGCAUGAGCCUGAUACUGACAAGGGGGAUGGAGCGAGCUAUUAACUGCAAUCACUUACGGAAAGGAAAUGGCGUACGUAAGGGAACACUGAUAUUUACUGUGAUGGAACACGGGAACCUGAUUUAUACUGAGUCCAGAUUAUAGGGUCCAUCUACCUCAGGACUGUCUGCACUGACUGGUAGGGGCUCCCUGGGUUUCUUUAGACAAGGGUCUCUUCACAGUCUUACUAGAAACUCUGGGAAUCUGGUACUUCAUGCAAGGCAAAUGCUCUACUGCUGAGCUAUUAUCCUUACAGAAAACUCGCUCAUACUCUUUUACAGUGGUACCUCGGCUUACAAAUGCUUCGGAUUACAAACACUUUGGGUUACAAACUCCACUAACCUGGAAGUAGUACCUUGGGUUGUGAACUUUGACCCAGGAUGAGAAUGGAAAUUGUGCGCCGGUGGUGCGGCGGCAGCGGGAGGCCCCAUUAGCGAAAGCACACCUCAGGUUAUGAACCGUUUCAGGUUAAGAACGGACCUCUGGAAUGAAUUAAGUUCGUAACCCGAGGUACCACUGUACUGUAUAUAUAUUGAUGCCUUGGCUGAGAUUAAGGUGAUAUGUGGCUGAGAGUUCACCAGCUCUGCACUUUGCAGUAUGCCCAUCUUCCUGAAAAGAAAGUUGUUUCUUUCUUAAUUGAAAAAUUUUAAAAAGUAGCAGGGGACACCGUGGCUCAGUGGCAGAGCAUCUGCCCUGCAAUGCAAAAGGUCACAGGUUCAAAACCCUGCAUCUCCAAGUAUGGCUGGGGGAAAACCCUGCUGGGUAAACCAACUGGAAUUACUGAACGUGACCAUCAGGUCCAUUGCUUUCAGUAUGUUUGCUCUGAAUAAAACUUAGCCGAAUGCCACCCAGCAUAAACAAGGCUGAGCAAGAUGGACCGAUGAGCUGACUCUGCCUCCAGCAGUUUCCAAAGGGGCAAGACACCUGAAGUCUGCAACAAAAGACCCCUUUUUGGCUCAGUGAGCCAACCCUCCUAAUUCCCAAGGGAUGUAUGCAAUGCCCUUCAGACUUGGAAAGAACUGAGUGCUGAGUUAUUCUUUUCCACGGGCGCAUUUAUUUCUACAUCUGAGUUCUGUGCCUAAUUUCCAAAUGCUUGUAAAUAGGAUUUUAGUCUGUGUGUGUAGGGGACAGCCUCGCCCUGAAACCAGUAAGCCUGUCUGGAAACACCUGGUUCAGGUGGUAGCUGGUUGCCCAGGUGAAAGCUGUUGCCUCCAACAAAACCCACAAUGAUUCAAUUGUUUUAUUAGCACACGAUUGGUCACACACCCCUCAUCUGUUGCCCCACGCAGCAGGGUUUUAACUCCUUCCGUUCCAUGAGAAACAAGUAGAACCACCUCUUCGAGGGCUGCAGAGAGCUGCCGUUUUUGGAAUAAAAUGGUAACGCGCUUGCAAACGUUAAUAAUAAUAAUAAUAAUAAUAAUAAUAAUAAUAAUAAUAAUGUUUAUCCCCCACCCAUCUGUGUGGGUUUCCCCAGCUACUCUGGGCGGCUUACAGAAUAUAUAAAAUGUAAGAAAGCAUCAAACAUUAAAAACCUCCCUUAAACAGGGCUGCCUUCAGAUGUCUUCUAAAAGUUGCAUAGUUUUUUAUCUGAAGGGAAAGUGUUCUACAGGGAGGGCACCACUACCCAGAAGGCCCUCUGCUGCACAGUUCAGGGCAAAGAAUGACCUACAUCACAGCACUGGCAGGUUGGCAGAAUCUCACAUGAUGCUGUUUGGCUAAACCACCUAUCCACCAACUUGCCCUUAUGGACAGCGGGAGACAUUUGAUUCAGUACUUGUCUGAAGGCAAACCAACCCAAGUUACGCUUUCAGAAAACAGUAACCCAAAAUGGAAAUGCAGACAUCGUUCAAAAUUCAUACUUCUCUGAGUUUUGCAAUUCAUUUAUUUAUUUCAGUUUUUAAAGUACUUAACCCUCCCCCUUUUAUCCGAGGCUCACAGGGCGGUUUAUAGUAUAAAAACAUGAAGAUACAUAACAUAGUAACAAACGAAAUGAUAACCCACCCCUGCAGUUUAAAAGACCAUAGAUUGUUUAAUUGGCCAAAGGCCUCAGAAAAGAGGAAUAUUUUUGCCUGGCACCUAACGCAUGAUCAUCAGAGGAUGAUCAUAGGGUCUGGGUUGGUUCAGUUUUCCAGACAAAUUGUACAAAAAUGCAUAUACUACUAGGGUAAAGGUAAAGGUAAAGGGACCCCUGACCAUUAAGUCCAGUCGCGGACGACUCUGGGGUUGCGGCGCUCAUCUCGCUUUACUGGUCGAGGGAGCCGGCGUACAGCUUCCAGGUCAUGUGGCCAGCAUGACUAAACCACUUCUGGUGAACCAGAGCAGCGCACGGAAACGCUGUUUACCUUCCUGCCGGAGCAGUACCUAUUUAUCUACUUGCACUUUUUGGUGUGCUUUCGAACUGCUAGGUUGGCAGGAGCAGGGACCGAGCAACGGGAGCUCACCCCGUUGUGGGGAUUCGAACCGCCGACCUUCUGAUCGGCAAGUCCUAGGCUCUGUGGUUUAACCCACAGUGCCAUUGUGGAGGGGGGGGAAAGCAUUUUGACAUCAGGCAUACACCUUCACUGUACUCUUUUCAGUGCCUGCUAAGAAUUGGAGUUUGUUUGUUUAGACAAGCCUACCCAGAGAUAUAGAAUGUUGACAUGUGUUUUAAUCAGGUUUUUAGCUUAUUGUUGAUUUUAUUUAUUUAUUUAUUUAUUUUUAAAUACAGUCAAACCUUGGUUGUCGAACGCAAUCUGUUCCAGAAGCCCGUUUGGCUUCCAAAAUGUUUGACAACUGAGGCACAGCUUCUGAUUUGUUGCAGGAGCUUCUUGCACUGAAGCGGAAGCCGCGUCAGACAUUCGGCUUCUGAAAAAAGUUCAAAAACUGGAACACUUACUUCUGGUUUGGGAGCCAAAACGUUCCAAAACGGAGGCGUUUGGGAACCGAGGUUUGACUGUAGUUGUUUUUAACUGUUUUUACUGAUUUUUUUUGUUGUUUCAUUCUUUUUGCAAACCACUUCAGUCCUUUUUUAAAAAAAAAAAUCACCAGCCAGUGCACUAAGCUGAUGUUUCUAGCUGCCAUGUAACCUUCCGACAGCUUGACCUCACCCCCAAAGGCGCAGUCCUCCAUUGCCUUCCGAGACAGACGAAUGCCAAACGGAUGCUGUUUCCAUUCCCCACAGUUCCUUGGAGCAAGGCCACAUCAAGGGCACUGUGGGAAAUCAAAAUGACUCUUCCCAGCUCUCCCGACACUAGUCAGAGCACCAGGCCGUGUGUGUUUGUGUGUGUGUAAAUGACAUCUGUGGUUGUGCCCUGUUGGGAUGUUGGACCUCUGGCAGAUACCCAAGGCCCACAAAGAAACUGGAAACCAGUGCAGGUUUUUCAACGGAGCCAAAAUGUGGCAAUUAUUGCAGCGAUUCCCACCCCCUUCUCGGUUAUUAACCUUUUUGUUAACUCUGUGAACAAUUACUUCCUUUUGUUCGGCCUGAGCUUUGUGCCAGCCAGGUUCCCCUGAGGUGCCAUUCAGCUGUCAGUGCUGGCAGCCAAUUCUUGAAUGCCAUCCUAGACUUUCCUGCAGCUUGGUGUAGCCUAGGAGCCAUAGGAGAAGGAUCCGCAAAUUAGGAAGUACCCGCUUUGGAUGUUAUCUGUGGGCUGAGGUCCCUAGGUGGUCUCAGGCAAUCUGCUCCUUCUCAGCCCUCGUUCCUCAGUCCCAUCUGCAUUAUGGAGGGUGAUAAUAUUGACCUACCUAGCUACAGCUAGAGCUAUAUCAUGCAUUGUAUGUGGAGUGCUUGGAAAUUUGCAAGCAUUAAGCCGUAUUAUUUAUAUCAUCGCUGUUCUAACAGAUUUGCUUACGUAUGAACAAAGGUAUGAGCCACAUCCAAUGCAUGUCAUACUCAGAGUUAGACUCGUUGAACUUAAUGGGCAUGGUUAAUUUAUAUAAGUAUAAAGGGGCUAACUGAAAAAAAGUGGUGUUUGUUUGUUUUUUUGGCUAAACAUCAAGUGGGAUUUACAGCACAAUCCAAUGCAUGUCUACUCAAAAGUAAUCCCAGUUGAAUUAAAUGGGACUUAUGCCCCAGGAACUGUCUACAUGAUCACAGCCAUGGGCAUAGCCAGGAUUUAUUUUGGGGGGGGCAGGCUUUAUGUUGCAGGGGGCAGAACCAAGUUAUCUGUGAUACAAUUGGUCAGUUAGUCAGUUAGUUAAGUAUUUUUAUUUAUUUACUUGAUUUGGGGGCGGGAUCUGCCACACCCAUGAUCACAGCCGGGCAUAGGCAAACUCAGCCCUCCAGAUGUUUUGGGACUACAACUCCCAUCAUCCCUAGCUAACAGGACCAGUGGUCAGGGAUGAUGGGAAUUGUUGUCUCAAAAACAUCUGGAGGGCCGAAUUUGCCUAUGCCUGACCUUAGUUUUGUAUAGUUGUGCUGUCUGCUUUGUUAGGUGUGUGUGUGUGUGUGUGUGUGUGUGUGUGUGUGUGUGUGUGUGUCUCUCUCUCUCUAUAUAUAUACAUACAUAUAUGAAUGUAUUAUGUACUGUUUGUUUUAUGACCUUUUUAAAAUGUAUUUUUGCUGCGUUGUAGAUCAAGACCAGUGGAAGGUUAGGGUUUGUUGUGAAUAACAGACAACAUAAAAGUGUAGAAUGGCUACGGAACAAGCAUCUUCAGCUUUGUUUACUAUGAUUACUGUUAUUUAAUAUGGAUCAUAGAAUCGAGGAGUUGGAAGGGACCCCUGAGGGUCAUCUAGUCCAGCCCCCUGCAAUGCAGCCAUCCCGCCCAUAGCCAUCCCUGGGUGGGCUGGAGCCACCAACCUUCUGGUUAACAGCCAGAUGCACUGACUGAAGAUCUAUGAAAAAGCGGGUUGGCAAAACGUGCAAGAAAGGAACACCCCCCCCCCCAAUGCAACCAAAUUCAUGCUAUGAUCAAGCCAUAAUAAUAGCUAGGGUCUUUGAAUGCAUAUCUUCCCAAUUGCAUUCAUGCACCAAGCAUGAACUGAAUGUGAGAAUCAAACUCUCUUUUACUCGCAGCUACAUGACAGAAGCUCUGACUUCCCCCUCUCCAGCCCCAUUGGAAAGAAGAAAUAUUGAGGAGGCUGCAAUUCUGGGUCAAACGGUGGAAGGGGAGGCAUUUUGCGUAACUACUUUUCUGAUUAAAAGUCACUUUCCUCACCCAAAGCUUGGAGGGAAGAGCUAAGCGCCCACAAAUUUUGCUUCCUCCCCACUCACAGUUUGCGGUCCCCCUCAAACCUCUUUUUCUCAGUUAAGUGGAAAACAAAGCAAGUCCAUUGCGACACUGUUGCAACAGAGUGCACACAGUGUGUCAUUUGGUCCUAAGGCUGAGGUACAUAACUUGUUUAUUUAUUUCACAAAAGUUAUUUAACACUUGAUUGUGAAAAACAACAGCAGCAACCUCCAGGUGGUCUACAAAAAGAACGAAACAACGCAACAGUUAAAAAAGUUAAAAGCAUCAAUUUGAAACCAGUAUGAACCUACCCAGACCCUGUGAUCACCAUCUGAGGCCCUUCUUUGUGUUUCUCCUCCGUGAGAGGUCCAGAGGGUGGCAACAUGACAACGGGGCCUUUUCUGCAGUGGCUCCCUGUUUGUGGAAUGCUCUCCCCAGGGGGGCUCACCUGGCGCCUUCAUUGCAUACACCUGUAGGCAUCAGGCAAAAACAUUCCUCUUCAACCAGACCUUGGCUGGUUAACAUUAUAUGGCAGGGGUGCCCAAACUUUUUUCGAAGGGGGCCAGAUUUGAUGAAGUGAGGGCCGACCAAAGUUGCUGAGCUUUUUUUAGGGUUUAAGUUGCUGAGUUUUUUUACCCCAGGGCAUAUACUGCCACAGGGGCCAGGUUAAAUUGACUGGUGGGCCACAUUAGGCCCCUGAAGCAGACUUUGGACAUGCCUGUUAUAUGGCCUUUUAAAUGUGCUUGCGGGUGGGAGGGGUUUAUUGGUUUUGUUCUUGUUUUUAUUAUGUAUUUUGUGUAUUGAUCUUGUAUGUUUAUGCUAUGAGUCACCUUGAGAUCUAUAGAUACAAAUUUAAUGAAUUUAGUAGUGGUAACAACAACAAUUGUGGCUUCCCCAAAAUGGCCUUUGCUGGCCAAAUGGGGAGGUCUGGUGAGCCAUGCUGGAGGGCUGGAGGUUCCCCACCCCACAAUACUAUGAUAAAUAUGGUCCCAUUUCAUAGAAUUGUAGAGGUGGAAGGGACCCCAACGGUCAUCUAGUCCAACCCCCUGAAAUGCAGGAAUUUGAGAAUUAAGUGCUACCAUUCAAAGUUUUUGAAGGGAGGCCAACCACCAGAGCCUACAACUCUUGUCAAACAUCAGCCACCAUCAAACUCUGGGCGUAAGAGCUGACACCCUUGAGGGGCUGAAAUCCACCCAGGGCCCACUUGUUUGUAGACAACUGGCUGGCCAUUAUGAAAACUGGAUGUUGGACUAGCCAGGCCAUUGGUCUGAUUCAGUAGCCAGGCUCUCCUUCAGCUAUGACUUCUUAUCCCAUUCAGUGUCUAUAAUUUUUUUAUAUAUAUAUGCAAUGACUUUCCAUUGUUUCUGCAUAUGCUGUUGUUUUAACUUUCUAUAUACUGUAUUUUUCGCUCUAUAAGACACACCAGACCACAAGAAGCACCUAGUUUUUGGACGAGGAAAACAAGAAAAAAAAUAUUCUGAAUCUCAGAAGCCAGAACAGCAAGAGGGAUUAUCCGCUGCACAGUGAAAGCAGCAAUCCCUCUUGCUGUUCUGGCUUCUGGGAUAGCUGCGCAGCCUGCAUUCGUUCCAUCAGACGCACACACAUUUCCCCUUACUUUUUAGGAGGGAAAAAGUGAGUCUUAUAGAGUAAAAAAUAUGGUAAUUAAGCAGUAGUUGGAUAUGCAUUUCUACUGUACUGCAAAAUCACUUCAAGGUGCUUCAUAGGAAGCGAUUCAUGAAUGAAGUGGAAUGAUAAUAAUGCUCUGAUGGCACCCGGCCCUUCUCCUCACUUCUCCCUCCUCUUCCCUUCAGUGGUUUGCAUACUCCUUCAUGGUGAAGUGCCUCAUCACCCUCUCCACAGCUGGGCUGCUGAUCACGAUCCUGGCUUUUCACAUCAAAGAGAUCCAGGUAAGCCUAACUAUGGGACUAUUUCUCAAAUGAGCGCAGCGGAGGUCAGACAGUCUGACAAAAUGCUGCAAACACACCAUGCCUUUAAAGCACUAAGAUGCCGCAAUGAUAGCAGUCAUGGCUUCUCUCAAAGAAUUAUGGGAGCUGUAGUUUGUUCGGGGUGCUGAGAGUUAUUAGGAGAUGCCUGUUUCCCUCACAGAUUUACAAUGUCCAGGAUUCACUGGGAAGAAGGAUUGCUUGUUAAAUCUCUCUGGGAAUUGUAGCUCCGUGACUACAGCCACCAGAAUUCUUUGGGGGAAGCCACAACUGUUUAAAGCGUUACCGUAGCACUUCAAAUGUUGGGUGUAAAUAUGGUCACAAAGGACCUAGAUCACCUAUUGAGCUUCAUGAAGUCACCUGGGUCACAGUCUUCUGUGAAGUGUUUUUUUCUAUCUCCGUUAUAGUAAUUAAUUCUAAAAUUAGCAUAUUUGUGUCCUUCUUUUGGACAGCCCUACUUGAUGCAAAUAUGCCUGUGGUGGUUCCCACCCCCCUUGGGGGAGAGCUGUUGUCAUGGAAACGACGAAAAAAAAUAAAAACCUCCCCAAAACAGGUUCACUCCAGUAAUUGGUACAUAUUUUGGUAUGCUCACAGCAAGCAGCACACAGAGUGAGAAAAAGUAGGUGUUGUGCUUGUUAAAGAGGGACAGGAUGAGGCUUGGGAGGGGGAUAAUUAUGCCCCAAAUCAAUGACCCAAGGCUUGAAACAAAUUCCUGGCAGUAGGGCUUCUGGGUGAAGGACAGGGCACUCAGCUGAAGGUUACCUAAAAGGGCCCGAUUCCUCAUUUUGGGAAGCUCUAGCCAUUAUAACAGGAAGAUGGUAAUGGGAAGGUACGUAUAUGAAACUGGGAUAGUGACGGAGAUCUGCAUAUGCUAAAUUAUAUGCAUAGGUGCAAAUGUCUCUGAGCAUGUUAAGCUGGAGGGGGCUGGACUAGAUGACUCUCGGGCUCCCUUCCAACUCUAAAAGGUAAAGGUAAAGGACCCCUGACAGUUAAGUCCAGUCGCAGACAACUCUGGAUUUGCGACGCUCAUCUCGCUUUAGAGACCAAGGGAGCCAGCGUUUGUCUGCAGACAGUUUUCCUGGGUCAUGUGGCCAGCAUGACUGAGCCGCUUCUGGCGAAACUAGAGCAGCGCACGGAAAUGCCGUGUACCUUCCCGCUGGAGCGGUACCUAUUUAUCUACUUGCACUUUUUUUGGCGUGCUUUCGAACUGCUAGGUUAGCAGGAACAGGGACCGAGCAACGGGAGCUCACCCCAUCGCGGGGAUUCGAACUGCCGACCUUCUGAUUGGCAAGCCCAAGAGGCUCGGUGGUUUAGACCACAGUGCCACCAACUCUACAGUUCUGUAAUUCUAUAAACUGACCACAAGAGCACUCUCCCCUCUUGCGGCAACUGGUAUUCAGAAGCGUCGCUGCCUCUAGUUGUCAAGGUAGAAAAUAGCCAUAAUGGCUCAUAAUCACUGAUAGCCUUAUCCUCCUAUGAAUUUGUGCAGUCCUAUUUGAAAGCCAUCCAAGUCACUGCCUCCUGCGGAAACGCGUUCUGUAGUUUGCUGUGUGAAGUACUCUCUUUUCUGUCUGCUGGAUCCAAAGGACUAAUGGUCUCUGACUCAGUCAGCUUCCUAUGUUCCCUACCUUUGACCUUGGGGUGGUGGCGGCGGUUGCAUGGAUUUCAAUUUGGAACCUGUAACAUUCUUCUACUCUAUAAAUUAACUGCAAAGAAAAAAUGGCCGGGAACUAGUUUUUCAUGGGGAAACGAAGGCGAAUGGAAAGAUUAGGCUGGCAGGAGGGGAUUUGCAUUCAAGGUCUGGGACGCAAGCCCAGAACUUCAGCCUUCUUUGCAGACCCAUAUAGCUCAACCGUGCAUAGGAGCUAGUGACACUUGGAAAAUACAUCUCAGAAGGGUUUUUCCUUUCCUUUGGGCUGUUUGAUCUCUGCUGCUGAUCUGAGUGAGCUGUUUCCUGACUGAGUCACGGCAUGUUUCAUCCAGCUACUGGGCGAGUUGUGGUCGCGGCAGGAUAUCGCGGAGGGCUGGCUCUGGUGUGAUUUUGGGGGUCCUUCCUCUUCCUCUUCAGGUUAACUUCUCCUGUAAUUUGCCAGAAGGACUUUCUGGUCAUCGUUCAGUUUAGCCUGGUGUUAGCAGUUCAAAGCAACCAAAGGAAUCAGGACGAAGAUAUACAACCAGAUGCCUCAAAGUCUCAGAAUAUUGGUGGGUGUGCAGAAACCACUGAUCUGAAUAAGAUUUUGCCCCCUCCAAAGUGCACACGCCUUGGAUUGUGCUAUAAAUACAGCUUAACUUAGUUGAUUGUGUGAGUUUUAAUCGACUGGUCGGUUAACUGAUUAAACCAGCCUGGCUUCUACAUGAAUGAAACAAUUGUUCUUGAGCACAAAGCACAGAAUCAAGGAGUUGGAAGGGACCUCAGGGGUCAUCUAGCCUAACCCCCGGCAUUGCAGGAAUCUCAACUCGAUCAUACAAGGCAGAUGGCCAUCCAACUUGUGUUUAAAAACAGCCAAUGAAAGAGAGUCCACAACCUCCCGAGGGACUCUGUUCCACCUUUGAACAGCUCUUGCAGUCAGAAAGUUCUUCCUGGUGUUUCGUCAGAAUCUCCUUUCUUGCAAUUUCAAGAUAUUGGUUUGGGUCCUAGUCUCUGGAGCAAGAGAAAAUCUUGCUUCGCUCUUCAUGAGACAGCGCUUUAGAUAUUUGAAGAUGGCUGUCACAUCUCUCUCAGUCUCCUCUUCCCCAGGCUAAAACACACACAGCUCCCUCAACCGUUCCUCAUAAGGCUUGCUUUCCAGUCCCUCAACAUCUUGGUUGCAUUCCUCUGCAUACGUUCCAGCUUGUUCAAUACCCUUCUUAAACUGUGGCACCCAUAUUUUGAAUGCAUUUGAUGAUAAUCGUAAUAAUAAUAAUAAUAAUAAUAAUAAUAAUAAUAAUAAUUUAUUUGUACCCUGCCCAUCUGGCUGGGUUUCCCCAGCCACUCUGGGGGGCUUCCAACAAAGACCAAAAAUACACUAAAAUGUCACACAUUAAAAACUUCCCUGAACAGGGCUGCCUUCAGAUGUCUUCUGAAUGUCAGGUAGUUGUUUAUCUCUUUGACAUCUGGUGGGAGGGCGUUCCACAGGGCGGGCGCCACUACCGAGAAGGCCCUCUGCCUGGUUCCCUGUAACUUGGCUUCUUGCAAUGAGGGAACCGCCAGAAGGCCCUCGGCGCUGGACCUCAGUGUCCGGGUAGAACGAUGGCGGUGGAGACGCUCCUUCAGGUAUACUGGGCCGAGGCCGUUUAGGCCUUUAAAGGUCAGCACCAACACUUUGAAUUGUGCUCGGAAACGUACUGGGAGUAGAGCCUGCAGGAUCAGGCCAGAGCCUGUAGCUCUCUCCCCCCUCCUGCAGUUUCCAUCCACUGAUGGUAUUCUGAAACAUACUGCCUCUGACAGUGGAUGGAAACUGCAGGAGGAAAUAAGGGCCGCUGCUAUUGCUGUUCUCAGCUCGAUCCAAUGGACUUAAGUUACUCAGCUCCAUUGAUUGACGCUGAGCAUGACUAACGUUGGUUUUCACCCUUAAAACGUUUCAGAGCAAGCCAGUGAGGAAGAACUGAACUAGAAGGAGCCGCCAAUACAGUCAGAAGCAUUAGUAAGGUCAAAACUAUGCCUGAUGUUUUGCGCAGACGAAACCUGAUAAAGCCCAAACUCCUGUUGCCUAAACACAUAUAAGCCUGGUAUUCAUUUUUACUCCGUAUGUUACAAGAAUUACAGUGGCAGCUCUUAACAAGCGUUGGGUUUCCCCCCUGCCCCCCUCCCACAAUGAGCUUGAAAUUCCUCAAUUAUUAUCAGCCUGCUUUACAUGCAGAUAAAUAUAUAACCUUGAGUCACACAGACACGCCCAGAGGUGCAGGCGGCCAGCAAAGAGACGUGGGCUGCCAAAAACCUGCCUAGCAGACACUCUUAAGUGUUUGCGCAUUCCCACGCCAGACCUUCUGCCACACGCGAUGGGGCUAGCCAGCGGAAGAGUAGCUCCUGCAGCUGAAAGUGCUUACAUAGCGUUGCAGGCAAGAGGCAAUGAUGGCCACAGACUCGGGUGGCUUUGAAGGAGGAGCUGGCAGCUUCAUGGAGGAUAAGUCGCUGUCGGAGGCAGUAAACACGUUUGGGGGAAGAUCCCUGCAUUAAAGGGGGUUGGACUAGAUGACCCUGGUGGCCCCUUCCGGCUCUACGAAUCUGUGAUUUUGUGAUUCUAUGAAUGCCAGUUGCUAGAAAGCGCAGGAGCAGAGAGGGCUCUUGGGUUCAGGCCCUGCUUGCAGGCUUUGCGUGGGCAAGUGGUCGGCCGCUACAAGAACAGCAUGCUGGACCCAGAUGGGCCACAUGCUCUUAUGUCCUUAGGAUUCAUCCACAUGCCAACAAGUUCAGAUUGGGCAAUUAAAGCUGAUUUGGCACAGCAAACCUGCUUCUCCAAUAAAGGUUCAGACUUCUCGCAAUCAGGGAAGUGAUGCGGAAAUACAGCGGGACAAACACUUGCUCUGAUGCCACGCCUUCCUGCAUACAAAUCAGAGUGAAUAUUCAUUAAAUAGACAACUUCAUCGAGAUUCCAUGCAAGUAAAUCAGGAUGAACGCCUAAUUCUCAUCUGGAAAUGCCCUAUGCAUUCUCUGUGGAGCAUAGGAAGAUGUGUUAUACCAGCAGAUCCAAUGUAACACCACCACCAUCAUCAUUACAGUCGUACCUCGGAAGUCGAACAGAAUCCAUUCCGGAAGUCCGUUCGGCUUCUGAAACGUUCAACUUCCAGAGUGCAGCUUCUGAUUGGCUGCAGGAGGCUCCUGCAGCCAAUCAGAAGCCCCAUAAGCCCCGUCGGAUGUUUGGCUUCUGAAAAAAUGUUCAAAAACCAGAACAAUCACUUCCAGUUUUCAAUCGUUCAGGAGCCAGAAUGUUUGACUCCCAAGGUGUUCGGGAGCCGAGGUACAACUUUAUUAUUAUUAUUAUUAUUACUGACUAAACUGCGGGAGGCAGUGGAAGACAGAAGUGCCUGGUGUGCUCUAGUCCAUGGGGUCAUGAAGAGUUGGUCAUGACUAAACAACGUUUAUUAUUAUUAUUAUUAUUAUUAUUAUUAUUAUUAUUAUUAUUAUUAUCCUGUCUUUCACCCUAUGGUCCCAGGGUGGGUUACAGCAUUAAAACAAUAUUACAAACAGUUUAAAACAACUUACAACCACAGUUCCUAAAAAUAUACACCUCAAAUAUCAAAAGCCAGGGUUAAAGAGGUGUGUCUUCAGCAUUUUCCAGGAGAUGCAUAAUGAAAGCGCUAGCUAGAUGCAUCUCUGUGGGGAGGGAGUUCCGCAGCUUAGGGGCCACCACAGAGAAGGCCCUGUCCUGGGCCACUCUGCUCCCUCCCCCCCACCUGAGCCUCUGAAGGUGGAGGAACAACCACGAGGGCACCCUCCGCUGAUCUCAGCACCAGAGACGGUCUGUAGGGAAGGAAACAUGCUUUCAGAUAUUUGGGCCCUGAACAUUUAGUGCUUUAAACAAUAACAUGAGCACCUUGAAUUGGGACCAGAAACGAACUGGCAGCCAGCGCUGCUGUCUUAAAACAGGGGUUAUUCGAGAUCUAAAGGGACCCCUGGCUGCUGAAUUUUGGACCCACUGAAGUUUCCAAGUCACCUUCAAGGGCAGCCCCAUGUAGAGAGACCUGCAGUGAUUUGAUGCAGAAGUUUCCAGGGCACAGCCUUUAGUCUUUUCAAACUGUAAACUCCCUUCGUUGUCUUGGCCGAGAGAUGUAAAUGCAGUCUUCGUCUAAGAUAAUAAAACAUGUUGUAAGCUUGUCAAGGCCAUCCUGCUGGCCAGCCAGUUUCCGGGAGGUUGUGUGUGUACACAAAUAAUUGGAAAUGUAAUGCUCUCCUUCUACUCAAAGCUAGGUGCAGGAGAGGCAAUGCGUUUCCUGUGGGAUGUGGAGAUGCUUUGUGGGAGUUUAGGGACAGACUGGGGGUAGUGUGUGUGGGGUGGGGGGAGAUGGCGAUUUAAGAGCAGAUGGAAGUUGAACCAAGGUAGAUGGCAGGGAGCAGCAGCAGGAUAUGGGCAAUGGAAGGUGUGCUGGAGCUUCCACACUUCUCUCCUUCCACACAUAUGUGCAUUUUCAUAAGCCAUUCAUUACUGUUCUUAUACUGGGAAUCUGAAUUUGUGCGGGAAACAAAACUCUUGGCGUGGCAGCAACUGUUCUGUGGAACUCCCUGCCUAUUGAUAUCAGGCAAGCUCCUUCACAGUGCUGUUUUUGACCCUGCUAAAAAAAACCUCUUCCUUUUGGCUAACCUAGCCAGACAUGCCAUUUUAUUAUGUACAUUUGUGUUUUCUUUUAUCAUGUUGCAAUGCCUACUAUUUUCAUAAAGCCUUGUUUUUAUUGCUAUUUUAAAUGAAAGUUUUAUACCAUUUAUUGAGACUGCUUGGAGAGAGAGAGAGAGAGAGAGAGAGAGAGAGAGAGAGAGAGAGAGAGAGUUUGUUAAAGAAAUACAAAUAAAUUAAGAGGCCUUUUGAUUCUUUUACUCUCAUAUAUAUAUUUUUAAUUAGUUUUUGCACAAAUUUUCCAACAUAAUAACUCCAAAGCAACAUGAUAUGUCUUUGGCCAUCACAGCCUGAGACCUCCCUCAACCCCUUCUAAUGGUUUUCCAAAUUUUUCUCUGAUUUUCCAUUUUAUUGCUAUGCUUAUUGCUAAAAGUCCAGUCUUACAUCCACUAAUCCUAGUCCUUUUCACAAUAAUUUGUAAAGUCCUCCUUACAAAACUUCCUGUACUCCUACAAGUGAUGUUAAGUGAUUACAAUUGUCUUUCAAAUACAAGAUAAAUUUCUUCCAGUCCUUUAGGAAAAUCUGGUCCUGCUGGUUUCGAAUGUUCCUUUUUAGUCUCGCCAGCUCAGCAUAAUCCUUUUACUCUCAAUUCCAGGAGAGAAGCAAGGUGCUGUAUAUGUUUCGAGAAGGGUCGCCAUGUUAGCCUCUUGUAGCAAAAACAACAAAUGUUGCAUUUCCAUGGCCGCUUAUUCCAUUUCCCCAACAUCUCCCUAUCUUCUAAUUUCCACAUUAUAUUUGAGCUUGAAGCCAUUUCUGGAAACACAGCUGAAAAUAUAGGGCAUGUUUGGUGCUAUUUCUGAAAGGAUUUCUUUUUCCUGGAAGCAAAUAACAUUGACCUGAGCACAAAACUUCCACUGUAGUCCACGAUAUUUCCGGAAGUGGCUUCCACAUCAGAAACACAGCAGAAGAUGUCGUAAAUUUAGUGCUGACCUUAGUGUUAAUUGCAAGCAGAUUCCCACCCCCCACCGGAAGCAAAUAGCAUGGAACUUAGCGUGGAACUUCUGCUAUGUUUCCGGAAGUGACAUUUUUAGCGUCAUGCGGAAGCUCCAAUAUAACAUGGAAAUGAAUAACUAAGGAACCGUCAAGAGAAUGGAAUAAGCUGAACGGAACAUUGGUCUCCCUAUCUUCUGCCCUACCAGUACCAACGUCCACCAGCCACUGGGGGGUGACAAGAGGGCGUCACUUGGAUACUGGAUUUUUAUUAUUAUCUGCUCUCUUUCCCCUUAGCUGUUCAUGAUGGACAACUCCUUGACUGACUGGCGGAUUGCUGUCAGUUGCCGCAAGCUGGCGUUUAUCAUGCUGGAGCUGCUGGUCUGCUCCAUCCACCCCUUGCCCACCGGAGACUUCGCCUGCUUGGAGCCCCAGCCCACGCAGGCCUUCCUGUUCCUCUCCGAGGUCGACAUGCUGUUGUCGCUGCUCAUGUUCCUACGCCUCUACCUGGUGACGCGGGCGGCCCUGCUGCAAAGCAGCGUUCUAGGAGACGCCUCGUACCGCAGCAUCGGGUCCCUCAACAAGAUCCACUUCCAGUACCCCUUUGUGCUACGGGUGAUGGUGAACAGCCAGCCGGGAAGGGUGCUGUUAAUCUUCACGAUGGGACUCUGGUUCAUUGCCUUCUGGGUGCUGUCUGUCUGCGAACGGUAAGGACCGGGGCCUGCCUGUGCUGGCAUUAGGCAGCGAGGGUCAGUUAGUAAUAAUUAUCAUCAUCAUCAUUAUUAUUAUUAUUAUUAUUAUUAUUAUUAUUAUUUAGGGAUGUGGGUGGUGCUGUGCGUUAAACCACAGAGCCUAGGACUUGCCGAUCAGAAGGUCAGUGGUUCGAAUCCCCGCAAUGGGGUGAGCUCCCGUUGCUCGGUCCCUGCUCCUGCCAACCUAGCAGUUCGAAAGCACGUGAAAAAGUGCAAGUAGAUAAAUAGGUACCGCUCUGGCAGGAAGGUAAAUGGCGUUUCCGUGCGCUGCUCUGGUUCGCUAGAAGCGGCUUAGUCACACUGGCCACAUGACCUGGAAGCUGUAUGCCGGCUUCCUCGGCCAAUAAAGCGAGAUGAGCGCCACAACCCCAGAGUCGGCCAUGACUGGACCUAAUGGUCAGGGGUCCCUUUACCUAAUAAUAAUUUAUUAUUUAUACCCCGCCCACCUGGCUGGGUUUCCCCAGCCACUCUGGGCGGCUCCCAACAGAACUAAAAGCACACUAAAGCAUCAAACAUUUAAAACUUCCCUAAACAGGGCUGCCUUCAGAUGUCAUCUAAAAGUCAGAUAGUUGUUUAUUUCUUUGACAUCUGAUGGGAGGGCGUUCCACAAGGUGGGCACCACUACCGAGAAGGCCCUCUGCCUGGUUCCUUGUAACCUCACUUCUCACAGGGAGGGAACCGCCAGAAGGCCCUCGGAGCUGGACGUCAGUGUCUGGGCUGAAUGAUGGGGGUGGAGACGCUCCUUCAGGUAUACUGGACCGAGGCUGUUUAGGGCUUUAAAGGUGAACACCAACACUUUGAAUUGUGCUCGGAAACGUACUGGGAGCCAGUGUAGGUCUUUCAGGACAGGUGUUAUGUGGUCUCGGCAGUCACUUCCAGUCAUCAGUCUAGCUGCCGCAUUCUGGAUUAGGGCAAACGGGGCACUGGCCCACCAAGCUCAGCCGACCAACCCACCUGCCUUACAUGCAACCAGUCUAGGGGGAUGACCCUGGCUGCCUGCUUCCUCUUAAUCUCAGGGUUGCUCUUGUACAACGUGGGAGAGAGGAGGAUGGGGACCAAACCAGAAUGGACUCUGAUUAGCUGCGUCCCUUUAUAAGACACAGCACCCCCCACUUCUGUUCUAGCUGCAGACUGAGCCUGGAGCUCUCUGCUUACAGAACAUGUGCUUUGUCAGUUAGAUGGACCCAUCCUUAGAAGGAACCCAUUCUACUCUGAAGCAGUCCAGAGCGCUACCCUCUUCCUUUUCAGAGCAGGCCUUUGUUUGUAAAGGACAAUCCCAUUUUCCGCCUGAUGCCCAGCCAACAGGUAAAUAAACUCCCCUGAUGAGCCGGAGGCUAGCAACUGAGUCAGCCUCGGUGAAAAGAAUAAACAAGCAUUUUGUCACUUCAGGUGACACUCAGUCAAAAAAAUAAUAAAUAGGCAAAGCCCAUAGAUUGGAUUUCAAAGCAGUCGCGAGGAAGAUCAGUUGCAAAACCAACAGUCUCCUGCUCAAAAGCUGCAGUGUUGGCAUGCCUGCCCCGGUGCAUGAUGGGAGAGAACGCUUGCCUAACUGGACUGGGUUAUGUUUCAUGGGAAAAUGUACCCAACCCCGCUUGAUUAUUUUCCUCGCUCUCUGGUGUCCCCCUCCCCACUAUGCCAAGCUGCCACGAGCAAAACUUGAAAGCCUUGUUAUCCCCUCAUGGAUUUGCCCGAGCAAAGAGAGACAAAUGAUGUCAUCGCUCCUGCCCUGCCCCACUCCCGGUCUGUUUGGGCAGUGGUCCAGACUGGGCUCAGAGGGAGAGGGCCUGUGAGGGAGCAGUCGUGGUAGUGGCAAGGACAGCAUAGACUGUGCCUGAGGUUUACUUCCCUGACUAGAGGCAGUACCCCUCUGAAUUCCAGUGGCAGGGAGUCACAAGCGGAAAGAAUGUGCUUGUGCUUGCAGUACCAAAUGUAUUUUUAUUUCCCAGGGCCUAUUUUGAGUCAAUUUGAGCACUGCUGGUACCUCUUCACUGAUCUGCUAUUUUAAUCUCUUGCGUAUGGGUGUUUAAUUUUAGUUUUUCGGAGUUUACUAUUUCUCCUGUCCUCUUAAGUAACCCUGUAGGGUGUAAUAUAACUCUCAAUAAUGUGAAAUACACAUUUCCUGACGAAUCUCUCUUCAUUCCCACCUGUCAGGGAGCAUAUGGACAACGACUACCUAUAUAGCACUUUCUGGCUGAUCCCCAUCACUUUCCUAACCAUUGGCUACGGAGAUGUUGUUCCAGUGACGGUGUGCGGAAAAGUCGUGUGCGUGUUCACUGGUGUUAUGGUAAGAGAUGCGUCUGCGCAUGGUGCAGAGCUGAAAUGUGCAAAUUUGUGCAAAUCCAAAAUCCGUCUCCCAGCUCCCCCCCCCAAAAAAACGUAUGUAUUUAUUGUGUCCAUAUCCCACCCUUUUCUUCAAAGAGCUGAAGGUGGCUACGUGGUCUCUCCCUCUCUGCAUUUAAUCUUCACAACAACCCUGCAAAGCCAGGGUUCAAAACCCCACCCAGCCGUGAAGCACACUGGGUGACCUUGGGCCAGUCACUGCCUUACCUUGCAGGGUUUUUUGGGGAUUAAGUGAGGAGGCUUUUUGGAGGAAAGUGUGGACUAAUAAAAUCGAUUAGGCAGCGACUGAGAGGCAGCAGCUGACUCCAAGGUCAUCUGGCGAGCUUUGUGGCUGACUGGAUAUUUGAAUCCUGGCCUCAAUCACUCUAACCACUACACCACACUUCCUCUCAAUUCUGAAACGGAAAGUUCAUAUCUGAAAAUGUGAUGCUGCAAUGCUACUUCAGAACUUUGACAGAUGGACUUGAGUGCUUUAGACUCAAAUAUCUUGAUUUGAUUUUUUAGUAUCAUUAUUAUUGUUGGUCAGGCGUCAAAUAAGAAAUCCUAUAAAGCUGUCAAGUGCUAAAUGCCGCUUUUUGUGGUGCCUGUCAAGGGCUGUCGGAUGCUAUAUAACAUUGGUCUCUUGGUGAAUUGAUUUGAUAACAAAACAGGAAUUGAUAUCAGUCCUUUCAUUACUGGGAAUGUAGGCUGGACCAAAUGAAGUUGGCUUGGAUGGACAAUGGAUUUUGUAUUUCAGAAUCAUAGGAUUAAAUAAGGAAUAGUCAGAUCUGGUCCAUAGCUACUGCUGAAAAAUUAACCCAGAAGUGAAGGUAGAGGACAAACCCAAAAAAGAUUUGUUUUCAACAACAUGGCAAAAAAUAAUUUUAUAUAUUAAUGGGGAAAACAAUGUUCAAAUGCCUCCUGUGGAAUACAGUUUGGAAUUAACUUUUCAUCUUCAAAUUAGAAUGCCAAAAAUCCUCAGUGGCAAUAUAUUGAUAUUUAGCAAUAACUUUUUUUUUUUUUUUAAGAUAUUGUCCUCCCCACCUCCAGUAACAAUAAUUCCCCCCCCCCAAGGAAUGUGAAUGAAACAACACAAAGUUACACUGUGUGUGCAUUUGUACAUUUCAUUUCAUUUCCUUUGAAUUGUAUUGUUUUUCUUGACUUCCUUACUUUUGUGUUAAUUGGAAGCCUAUGUUCGUGGACCUCAGAUUUUGCUGUUUAUUGAUGAUACGCUUUUACUACUGCUCUAUGGAUUGUUGCAUGGGUAGCCCAAGUGGAGAUCUUGAGAUUUUGGGCUUCAGCUUCCAUCAACUUUAGCCAGUGUGGUCCAUGGUCAGAAUGCUGAUGGCGGCUGCAGUCUAAAAAUGUAUUGCGGGUCUUCCCCACACAAUUGUGUUUUCUGCUUUAAGUUGCUUUGUUUUUAUUUCAAACAAGUAAUAUAUAAAUCUUAUGAAAUACAUUGAGAAAAUCCUUUCUGCAUUUCCAAGAUGUUUAGAGACUAUUCAUGUAGCAAGUGAUUAAUGAUGAUCACAAACAUAAUCACAACAAUCUACUAUAUAUUUUGGAAAGUUGCAUGUUUAUUCGUUAUGUGUUUGGGCAUCUCUUAAGAGAUCAUCACCAAAUUUUGCACAUGUUUAUUUGUUAUGCAUUUGGGCAUCUCUUAAGAGAUCACCACCAAAAUUUGCACAGUAGUUCCCAAGAUCAAGGAGCCAGGUUUUCAUCCGUGCUUGGAUACAAUGCGAUGCCAUUUUGAAUUAAGAUGGCAGAAUAAGCUUUUCAAAACUGCACUGAUAAUCAAAUGCACCAACUGGGCUGAUUUUUCUGUUUUUAAAUUUCUGAGCUAUGCGAGGAACAAGGCUAAUAAUACAGAAAAUCCUGAAAUUAGAUAUGUGCCCUUCCGCUGAGCUAUCAUAGUCCCUAUCUGCCACAGGAAUUCCUAGUUUAACCCGAGGCACAAGGCGUAUAUUUCCUCUGUGCCUCCAGUUUUAUUACUUCAAACUCAUUGUCCUCGUUGUUUUUUUGCAGGGAGUGGGCUGCACGGCCCUCUUGGUGGCUGUUGCUGCUGAUAAGCUGGAAUUCAGCAGGGCUGAAAAACACGUCCAUAACUUCAUGAUGGACAUUCAAUGUGCCAAAGAGGUAAGGCAGAAGAUGAGCUUGCUGGGUCAGGGCAACGGCCCAUCUAGUCCAGCUUCCUGUUCUCACAGUGGCUUGUGGGGAACCAGCAACCUGUAUAAAAAGCAAUUUGCCAACCUGCGAUUCCCAGGAACUGGUGCUCAGUGGCAAAGCAGAGCUUGUAGCUGCUGAUAGUCUUCUUCGCCAUGAUUUUGUCCAGUCCUCUUUGAAAGCCAUCAAAGUUGGUGGCCAUCACUGUGGGAAAGAGUGGGAGAGAGUUCCAUAAUUUACCUAUGUGCUCUGCUUAGAAACACUUGUAUCUCAGGGUUGCCAUACGUCUGGAAUUUCCCAUAAAUUGCCGGUAUUUGGCCAUUGGAAACAGUGUCCGGGCAGAAAUUGCCCAACAUAAAGAAAAACACAAUAAAACAUUAAAAUUAAAAAAAACACAACUUCCCUAUACAGAGCUGCCUUCAGAUGUUUUCUAAAGGUUGUAUAGCAGUAACUCGGAGGCCUGUUCGCAAUAUGAAAAGAACACAACCUGCAGUGGCGCGUCUGCGCACGCGUGGAUUGCGAUUCGCCGCUUCGGCGCAUGCGGGUGACAUCAUUUUGCACUUCUGUGCAUGCGCGAGCAGCGAAACCCGGAAGUAACCCUUUCCGAUACUUCUGGGUUGCCGCGGGACGUAACCUGAAAGCAUGUAACAUGAGGCAGAUGUAACAUGAGGUAUGACUGUAUAGUUACUUAUCUCCUUGGCUUUGGGGGUCGCAUAGCUCCAUACCCUCCAACAUUUCUCUGAUGAAAAUAGGGGCAUCUGCCAGGCAAGGCCUACCUUCCCCCUCUCUGUAGAUAACAGCAUGAAGCGAAAGCAGUCUUUUGCAGCAACAGAGAGCUUUAUUGAACACAGCACAAACAUUCAGCAUCCAUUUUCACCGUGCAGGUGCUCCCAAUUGAGUUCCUCCCACUUCCUUCCACUUCCUUCCGUCUUCCCGUCCAGUGGCGUAGCGUGGGGGGUGCAGGGGGGGCCGGCCGCACCGGGCGCAACAUCUGGGGGGGCGCUCGCACUCGCAGCUCUCUGCCCCUAGGGCAGAGGGGGCGCAAAUUACUUGCCUUGCCCCGGGUGCUGACAACCCACGCUACGCCACUGUUCCCGUCUCCUCACCACGUGACCCCCCUCCAACCACUGAGCCUUCUGAGAGGCUACCCUAUCCAGACGCCUGCCUCUACAGCUCAUGGGCUUUCUAGUGAGGGAGAUCCAACCAGCUCUCUCUUCCCGUUCCUCUCCCCUUGGUUGCUCUUCUCCCAGCUCAGCCCAACAGUCAGUUCCCGAACUGUGUCCUUCUGCAAACCGUUGCUCUAGGUCAAUACUAUCCUCCUGCUCCAGAGGAGCUUCAGGAUCAGGCCCUUGAGCAGAGGGAGAGGGGGGUGUCCACCAUUCUUCCUCAGAGCAAUACCCUUCAGUCUGGUUCCUGACAAUGUCCUAAGAAAAAGAGGGACAUUCUGGGAUCAAGUCAGAGACUGGGACAGCUUCUGUAAAUCCAGGACAGUCCCUGGAAAAGCAGGGUUGCCAUAUUUCAAAAACUAAAAGCCAAGACACCCCAAAAUGAGUUGUUGAGCUUAUUUUGAACAAACCCCAAAGUUGUUGAGCUUGACACUUCUUUCUUACCUUCUCUCUCAACUAAAAAGUACCAGAUGUGUCAGCCUUUCCUCAGAGGAGAAUAGCUCCCAUUACCUGCACCUGGUGUGGGUAACUUUAGUCCAUCAAGGGCUGCAGUCCCUUGGGGAAUAAUAUUUUGGAGCCUGCAUAUUAACAGUGGGUGGUGCCACUCUUUUUUAUCUCUCUGCUACCUUUUCUCUUUUUUCUGCCACCCGUUCACUCUCUCCCUCUCCCUCCCCUCACUUCCUCCCCCUGCCCCCCAGUGGGCUGCCAGGAAAGGAAUAGGUAACUCUCGCCAGACAUCUGAAUUAAUUGUUUGCUGAGGAUUUUUGAAAUUAAGCCAAGAGCGUCACAUGCACGUUGCCCACCCCCUGACUUUUCGGAUCAAUCAAUUUCAACAAGAUUAAUGUGGGAAGUGUAGCUUUUGAGUUUCCUUAAUGCCUCUUCUGUUUUCAUUUCGAAACAUCCUCUUUCUUGUCAUCAUUCACCAGAAGUCAGGAAUUAACAGAAGACAGGGCUUCCUGGUCACAGGAAGGUUUUCGGGUAUUACAUCAGAUCUCCCUCCUUCCAGAGUUGCGUAUCUUUGUUGGCUACAAUUUUUAGUGAAAUGCUACCAUUGUGUUUUCCACAAAGCGUGUUCCUGCUUUGCAAGUUUGCAGGCUCUGGCUCAGUUUUUUUGGGGGGGGGGGCUGGAUAUGGGUCAGGUGGGUUCCCAGGUCAGCUUGAUCUGGGGCCCCCACAUUUGGGCUUCUGGUCGGGUCAGGGGCCUGCGCACAGCCUUAAUUAUCACAGUUGAAGGAACAAAAAUACUCAGAGCCAGGCAGUGGUACCCCAAGAGGAUCGGGAGGGGUGCACAUGAGAGAAAAGUGUGUAGCCGAGGGAGAGUCUUAAGGGCCAGAGAGAAAGGCCUUGAGGGCCGCAUCCCUGGUGUCUACAAUAAUGAGGUGGAUGGGACUUUGGCUUGACUUUGGAGGAAGCAGUUUUAUACGUCCAAGACUUCUACACUGAUGAACUGCAGAUCUACUCCUCGCUAUUUCCUUCCCUGUCGGGCAGCCCUUCCAAACUGAAACUCUACAGGGGUUUCUGCUGCAGCAUUUUGCCCUGCAGAAGAGCUAAAAGGCUCCCCUAUUUGAAUGUUAAUAUGCAAAUACAAGGGGCAUGUUUUUGUGUGGUUAGCUCUUCCAGCAAGGGGCAAAAACUUGAAACACGCCUGGCUCUGUUGUUCAAUAUAUACGAUAUACGAUAUCUUUAUUGUCAUUGUCCCAUGCAGAACAAUGAAAUUGAAAAACUACGUAAAACAUUCAAAAACCCCUAAAAACUCUGAAACCCCAUUUUAAAAUACACUAUACUAUAGAGACCCCUUAUGCUGUGUUUAGAACCAGAAUUGCAUUUGUGUAGAAACUGUUUCUCAGGUGGCUAGUCCUGGCCAUGGCAGGUGCCAUUUUAAUGUGCCCUGUGGACCACGGUUUAAGAACCCCCUGCAAUAAACAAUAACCGCUGUUCCUGGGCUCUCUGCCCUGUUAUCUCAGGGCGUGUGUAGGCAUACAUGCAAAUCAAGACUUCCUUGUGGGUUUCCUCCUCCCUGGCCUCCCCCCACCCAACGCUUUCACAACACUUUUGACAGAUGUCCUGUCCUAGCCGGCAAAAUCAAAGGCCAAUGCAGUUGUCAGUCUUCCUCCUUCUUCCGCUUGAUGGGUCAUGAAUGGCACUGGAGGGAAGGGUUGCAGCUCAGUGGCAGACUCUCCUUCACUUGCCAAAGGUUCCAGGUUCAAAUCCCCGGUAUUUCCUGGUAGGGCUGGCAAAGCCUCCUUGCCCAGGUUGUCUCCCAGUGACGUCCACAGGGCCAAAAGUUCCCCAGUCCAGUUGCAGACCAUCAAAAACUUUCUGCAAAAGGAGCAUAGAUCAGUGGUCGAGCUCGUGCUUUGCAUGCGAAAAGUCUAAAUCCUUGGCAUCUCUAAUUAAUAUCUCCUUGGCUGAAACUCCAGACAGCCUCUGUCCGUCAGGGCGAGAGAAGCCCUGAGCUGUUGGGCCUGUGCUCUGUCUUCAUCUAAGGCAGCUCCUUAUGUUCCUAGCAACAGAGAAGGGAAACUGAGCUUCGGCGAGCCGUCACGUCUCUCCCUUUUCUCUCCCUUUUUUUGCACCAACCUCUAGAUGAAGUGGUCGGCCGCCAACGUGCUGCAGGAGGCUUGGAUGCUGCACAAACACACCAAGAGGAAGGAUGGCCUAAGGACACGCAAACAUCACCGAAGGCUGCUGGCAGCCAUCCAUAUGUAAGUCAAUCGCUCCCAGGUCAUGGGGUGCUCAGGUGUAGUGCCAAGUCGGGGGGAGGGGGAAGGCUGGGCAAGGCACCUUCCGGGGCAGAGGACUGCACUGCCCUGGUCCUGCUCUGCCAGUUUCCCCCUUUCUAAGUCUUGGACUGCUUGGGUGCCAAGGAAUGGUGGGAGAAACCAUCAGGCCAAUGCCCAGGGAAAGAAGGCUCAGAGCCCUGGGAUUAGAGCCAGUGUGGUGUAGUGGUUAAGAGGAGUGGACUCGUAAUCUGCUGAACGGGGUUUGAUUCCCCGCUCCUCCACAUGCAGCUGCUGGGUGACCUUGGGUCAGUCACACUUCUCUGAAGUCUCUCAGCCUCACUCACCUCACAGAGUGUUUGUUGUGGGGGAGGAAGGGAAAGGAGAUUGUUGGCUGCUUUAAGACUCCCUAGGGUAGUGAUAAAGCAGGAUAUCAAAUCCAAACUCCUCCUCCUCCUCUUCUUCUUCUCCUUCUCCUUCUUCUUCUUCAAAACUAUCCUCAUUAAGUCCUCUUAUUUUUGCUGUUAACUUUGCCUAAUUCUACAUCACCUUGCUUAUUCGUUUUUCUUUGGUUGGAACUUCUUCUUCCAUCCAUUUUUUGUGCGUAAAUACAGUGGUGCCUCGCAAGACGAAAUUAAUUCGUUCCGCGAGUUUUGUCGUCUUGCGAUUUUUUCCGUUUUGCGAAGCACGGUGUCGGGAAAGUUUUGGAAAAGCUUCAAAAAUCACCAAAGUCUUUAAAAACCUCAAAAAGGCUACCACACCGCGUUCUAUGAGUUGCUCCUCGAAGUCAAGUCGCAACUGUAUUAACGGUGUUAAGAAAAAGGAAACAAACUUGCAAGACGUUUCCGUCUUGCAAAGCAAGCCCAUAGGGAAAAUCGUCUUGCGAAGCAGCUCAAAAAACAAAAAACCCUUUCGUCUAGCGAGUUUUUUGUCUUGCGAGGCAUUCGUCUUGCAGGGCACCACUGUAUUCCUAGUCAAACGAGGAUUUCGAAUUGAACCGGUCAUUCGAUUUGAGAUGGGAGGCGGCGGCGACAAGGGCCGGUUAGAUUUGUUACCCGUCGUCCGCCCUGCGUGCAAGGGCUCUGAGCCCCUCGCAGAUGGGCCUGGGAGCAUGUUGUACAUUUCGCUAGAAAUUAUAGCGAGCGCUCGCAGCCAGUGAUCAGGGUUUCCUGAGGAAAGUGCACCGGCGGGUCACGGCUGCUGCAUACGUUUUAACUGUUAAAACUCUUCUCUCCAUUGCAAUUUGGAAAGGAAGCACAUUGGCGAAAGCCCAGGAGGGGAAAUAACUUCUCUGUUCUCCUCGUAGGUUCCGACACGUGAGGAUGAAGCACAGGAAGAUCCGAGAUCAAGUGAAUGCCAUGAUGGAUGUCUCUAAGGCGAGUUGUGUGCCGGGGACAUUGUUGCCCGGUCGAUAAGAGGCUGUGUACACACAAGUUUAAAGCGUGUUGCUCCCCAAUAAAUGUAUCCUGGGAAAUUGCAGUUUACCCUUUACAGAGCUACAGUUCCCAGGCUUCUUUGGGCUGUGGUGUGGGGAAUAUGCUUUACAUGCGCAGCAUGUAUGCAUCCUCUGUCGACUCUCCUGUGGUGCAACGGACUAGUGCAUCUGGCUGUUAACCAGAAGGCUGGCAGUUUGAGCCCACCCAGGAACUGCUGUGGGCAGAAUUCUGGCAUCAAAGGGGGUCAAGGACCCUUCCAACUCUGCAAUUCUCUGGUUCUAUUAAUCUAAGGCAAUGCAAUGCCUUUAAGCGCAGUGUGUUUCCAAUAUAGUAAGCAUUAGCAAAUUCUUGCAAAAAGGCCACUGAUAAGUUCCUGAAGGUGUAGCUUCUAUGACAGUAAAGGGGUACCUUGGUUCUCAAACUUAAUCUGUUCCGGAAGUCUGUUCCAAAACCAAAGCGUUCCAAAACUAAGGCGCACUUUCCCAUAGAAAGUUGUGCAAAAUGGAUUAAUCCGUUCCAGACUUUUAAAAACAACCCUAAAACAGCAAUUUAACAUGAAUUUUACAGUAAACAAGCAAUAAACAAUGUAUUCCAAUUUAACAAGAAUAAUAAACAAGCAAUAAACAAGCAAUAAAAAAUGUACUCCAAUUUAACAUGAAUUUUACAAUAAACAAGCAAUAAACAAUGUACUCCAGUCACACAAUCAAUCAAUCAAUCAAUCAGUAGCUGAACUGGGUUCCACACAGUCACAAAAAUAAAACAAAAAAGCCGCAAAAAGAAAAACACAAAAUAAAUAGCAAAAAUAGACAGACCUCAGCGGAACACUCAAAACAGAAGUGUGGCACUCAAAACGGAGCACGUUUGGAUUCUGAAAAAAGUUCACAAAAGUUCACUGUAUUUUGUGUCUGGGGGAAAGUAAAUUAUUCCAAAUAUAAGCAUUGCUGCUGCUUUUGUUGUUGAGAUUAUUAUUUUUCCUGCCAUUCUCUGAGUGGGCUCAGGGCAGCACAUUGAGUUUCCCCACCACCCCUCCCCAUUGAUCCCCAUAACAAGGUAGGCUAGGUUGACUAAACUGAUGGACUUGAUGUCAUCCAAAAGGCUAAAUAAGAAGUGUUAGCUAGAUCUGGUACUGGACUGCCCUGAUAUCUACAGAUGAAGGGCAGCAUACAAAUUAAAUAAUAAUCUCAGUGUGAAUAUAUUAUAUAUAAAAAAUAUAAUGUAAUAGCAGGCUUGGGAUGAAGCGAUUUGUGCCUCCCCCAUCUUAUAUUUCUGCAGCUGGUUCUUCCUGCCUAAGUGCAGAACCUUACAAUUUGUCCCUAUUUUGUUAGUUUUGGCCCAGUUCUCUAAUCUGUUAAGGUCGUAUUGGAUCCCAAUUCGGUCUUCUGCGCCAUAAGCUACCCCUCCCAGUUUGUUGUCACCUGCAAAUUAGAUGAGCAUCCCCUCACUUCCUUCAUCCAAGUCAGAACCCUGCAGGACCCCACUUGUCACUUUCCCCCCAUCCCUGAGGACAAGAGCGCCACCUGUGGGCCAGUCCCGGGAAGUAACUUGAGCAAAAGCUGAACUGUUGACAGCCGUGUCCUGUUCUUCCUCUGCUGCAGAUGCAGAUGAUCAUGUGCGACCUCAGCUCCAGCCUCAGUAGCUCCCACCGGGAGCUGGAGAAGCGGAUCGAGUCCCUGGACAGGAAACUGGACGAGAUGACGAGACUUCUCUCGGGACUCGUGGAUUCCAAGCAGCGGCAGGAACAGCGGGCGCUCUGAACGCCAAUUGCAGUUUGGUAGGUGCGGCACCUAGAACUCUGCGACAAAAACCCUCUUCGCAACACAAGAUUCUGCAACUCGAAAACACCCAAAUUCUGCAAUCGGAAUCUGUUUGGCCAAUUUGAAUAUACUAGCAAGUUCUCCCCGGGAAUUAUGUCUUUCUGUUCUUCCCUCUGGAGCCUAGAACUUGAGAGACAUGCUGGGAUCUCUACCCUACGCUCUGGGCUCUAAAAGCAGGAGUGGCGAGACCUCUGACCUUCCCAACGCCCCUGGACUACAACUCCCAUCAUUCUGAACCAUUACCAUCACUGGCUGAGACGGAUGGGAUUUGUAGUCUCUCCCCCCAGCCCCCCAAAGGGAGGGGGAACUUGUUUGCUAGCUUUCUGGGGUCUAGUUUCAAUAUAAUCCUCCUCCUUCAUGGGACGCAGGUGGCGCUGUGGGUUAAACCACAGAGCCUAGGGCUUGCCGAUCAGAAGGUCAGCGGUUCGAAUCACCGCAACGGGGUAAGCUCCCGUUGCUCAGUCCCUUCUCCUGCCAACCUAGCAGUUCGAAAGCACAGAGUGCAAGUAGAUAAAUAGGUACCACUCCGGCGGGAAGGUAAAUGGCAUUUCCAUGUGCUGCUCUGGUUUGCCAGAAGCGGCUCAGUCAUGCUGGUCACAUGACUUGGAAGCUAUACGCCGGCUCCCUCUGCCAGUAAAGUGAGAUGAGCGCCGCAACCCCAGAGUCAGUGAUGACUGGACCUAACGGUCAGUGAUCCCUUUACCUUUACCUCCUUCAUUGCAGGUUUUUUAAAGCAGAGAUUGGAUGGCCACCCCCCAGGGAUGCUUUAGUGAAAAUUCCUGCAUUGCAGGAGGUUGGACUAGAUCCCUCCCAACUCUACAAUUCUAUGAUUCUAUCUGUUCCUCCAAUAUUAGUGCCACUGUGACCUUUGUUCUCCUUUACCUUCCAGGUGGCUAAAGAGAUGGUUUUGAUCAUCUCGCUGAAGCCUCCAUAGACAGAACUUUUAAACUCCUCCUGCCUUUCUUCAUGGGCAUCAGGCAGUGUGUCAGGAACACACGGGACUACACCGCCACCUUAUGGUGGUGGAGAACCACUACAGGCAUUUUGAAAAGCCGACCCACCGCAUCAACAGACAAAAGAAAAGGAGCGAGGAGGAGCUUUUGGAACUUUGUUCUCCGCGGGAAAGACUUCUCGAACCUCUGAAUGGAUUUUUGUUGUGUCUUGCAAGAGGGACUCUGGAUGCAAAAUCAAAAGACAGGACAUCCACUCCUCUGGCAGGCUUCUGAGCUGUGGGCGGGGGAACCAAGAGGACAAGAUACAGGAAUAAAAACUGUGCAAAGUCCUUGCCCUUUGGCAAAAGACAGUUUGUCCAUCCCGGGCAGGAAUGCAAUUUUCAGGAAGCAAUUGCUAACUGGCUGCACAGGAUCUCCUGAGAUGGGUGGGGGAGGACCCCACACCCUCGAAGUUCAGGCUUGCAUAUAAUCAUGUUUUUGGUCACCUAGAGAGUAACAACAGUAGCUGCAGGCGAGGAAGAUUGUGUGUGUCUGUACCGGGGGUGGGUUUAUCAUUUAAGGCGGUUGAUGCUACGCCAGUGUCUUAACAUAAGCUAGGGCUAAGCAGGCUACUUGCCAGCCUGCUCUUGACAUUUACUAUGCAUCUGGAACAAAUGUGCCUUAAGACAACACUGCAGAAACACAACUGCUGGCAAGGAGACUCUGAUCAGGAGCUCCAGAGACAAGCAAGAGCCAUCGUUUUAGACUAGAAUACCCGAAGGGUCCCAGCUUCAGUACGUUUAAAAAGUUAUGUUAGGCACAGAGGCCUUGUUUGUGUCAUGGACCUUGGAAGGCAGGCAAAAUAGAUGAAAGAAGGUUGGAUGGACACGGUGGUCCAACUUGAGACCAAGAGUGAAGUUCUCAAAGGGCUGCUUAGGCUAGCUGUUCAGUGAGAGGUUGCAGGAGUCUCUUAAGUGUGGGGAAACCUAGGUAAUCAGCCACUGAGCAUCCUUUUGUCUGGCCGGAGGGGAAACUUUGGAAGUCAACAUCUGGUGGGGAAAGUACUGCUUAGCUCUCAGCCUUCAGGUCAACACUGAAAUGCAGAGAAGUGUGCUUUCUUUUUCCAAGGUGUCCGGACAGGAGAAUUACAAUUUGCACUCGGGUCCUGGUUUUGGGCUUCCCACAGGUAUCUGGCUGGCCACCAGGAGAACAGGAUGCUUGUCUAGAUGGGCUUGAACCACAGCAGGCUUUUCUUACUUUCUUAGGGGAUCAGCUUUUAGAAGCCAUACUUUUGUGGGGAGCCGACUGCCGUCGUCUCCUUCCUUUCUGCAGAAGUUUGUGAAGCACAUAAAACUGGAGGUACAGAUUCCUACCUCUCCCCUAAGGAGAGAACUUGAUAUUUGGAUUGCUUUUGGUGUCUCAGGUGAGAGAUGAGGGAAGCCGGCGGUGUAUGUAUAGGCGGUACUCUCCUUUAUAGUAUUUUCUUCUCUCCUUUUUUCAUUAGAGGGGAGGAAGGGAUAGACGAAGUGCCUUUGCCCAGUCUGUUAAAGUGGUUUCUAUCACCUCUCGUGAGAACCUGCUGCUUCCCCAGUGAGAGGCAAGGGGAACGUUUGGUGUGAAUGCUCACCUGGGGGGGUGUCUAUAUUACUGCUUGCUUGUCAGUACUUGACAUUUGUCUGGCUCCCAUAGCGCAGACAUGCGAGGAUGAGAGACUGAAUUAUGGCAGCGAUUGUGGAGUAUGAUUGGAGGGCGUGCUAGAAUAGUAAAUUUGAGUGCAUUGGAGCAUUGAUGUGUGCUGACCAUGCAAGGUGUGUGUGUGAGCGAAACUGAACCGUCUCUGUAUUUUUAGCUGUAAUUAGAUUAAGUUGUGCAAAACGCUGAAUAGGGAGCUGGGCACUGAUACAUUUAACGGGAUGAUUGAUUGAUGUACGGUGGUGGGGAAGAAUGAGUUGAUUUUCUUUUGCUUCAUUGCGAAUCAGAUUUGUUGUUUUUUUUAUAAAAAAGGUGAAAUUUAUACUUCUUAGCUCAUUUUUAAUUAUUUUGCUUCCUGAUCUUUAGAGGAUGCUUGGAAUUAGUCCUUUACUGUGGAUUUUCCUUGCAUUUUUUUGCAGCUGAUGAGGAUGCUCUACUUAGUUACGUUUUAUAGAACGUAGAAAUGCUCUCCUUUUUUGUUUUGGUAUCUGCUGUUUAUUUAAGAUGUUUUAACCUAUGUUGUAAACCGCUUAAGAGUUUUGUUUAACUAAAAGCGGUAUAUAAAUGGUUCAAAUAAAAAUGAACAAAGGCC